AUGGUGUUUCCAAGCAGGGCCUCCAUAGCAACGGAGGCGGAGAGGGUUUUACGGGAUGGCACUUUUAAUCUGGAGGAAAUCCUGGUGGCUCUGCAUCGCUGUGACAAACGGUUGGAUGUCACACCACCUCUACAGCUCACUUAGAAUGUAUUCCACAACAACGGAGCUUAUAAGGGUUUUCCCACCAACACUGGAUCCUUUCUAUCAUAUAAUAUUGAAGCACACAAUCUAGUUAAUCCUCCACAUAGACCUAGAGUCCAUAGUGAAACUCUGCACAUCCCUUACACUAGUCUUCACAUUUUGCUGCCUUAAAAUGAAAUCCAAAAAGGGAAUGAAUUAGAUCAAUCAAUCAAUCAAUCAAUUUUAUUUUAUAUAGCCCUUCGUACAUCAGCUAAUAUCUCGAAGUGCUGUACAGAAACCCAGCCUAAAACCCCAAACAGCUAGUAAUGCAGGUGUAGAAGCACGGUGGCUAGGAAAAACUCCCUAGAAAGGCCAAAACCUAGGAAGAAACCUAGAGAGGAACCAGGCUAUGAGGGGUGGCCAGUCCUCUUCUGGCUGUGCCGGGUGGAGGUUAUAACAGAACCAUGCCAAGAUGUUCAAAAAUGUUCAUAAGUGACAAGCAUGGUCAAAUAAUAAUCAGGAAUAAAUCUCAGUUGGCUUUUCAUAGCCGAUCAUUAAGAGUUGAAAACAGCAGGUCUGGGACAGGUAGGGGUUCCAUAACCGCAGGCAGAACAGUUGAAACUGGAAUAGCAGCAAGGCCAGGCGGACUGGGGACAGCAAGGAGUCACCACGGCCGGUAGUCCCGACGUAUGGUCCUAGGGCUCAGGUCUCUCAGUUGGCUUUUCAUAGCCGAUCAUUAAGAGUUGAAAACAGCAGGUCUGGGACAGGUAGGGGUUUCGUAACCGCAGGCAGAACAGUUGAAACUGGAAUAGCAGCAAGGCCAGGCGGACUGGGGACAGCAAGGUGUCAGCAUGCCCGGUAGUCCUGACGUAUGGUCCUAGGGCUCAGGUUCUCAGAGAGAAAGAGAGAACGAGAGAAUUAGAGAGAGCAUACUUAAAUUCACACAGGACACUGGAUAAGACAGGAGAAGUACUCCAGGUAUAACCAACUAACCCCAGCCCCCCGACACAUAAACUACUGCAGCAUAAAUACUGGAGGCUGAGACAGGAGCGGUCCGGAGACACUGUGGCCCCAUCCGAAGAAACCCCCGGACAGGGCCAAACAGGAAGGAUAUAACCCCACCCACUCUGCCAAAGCACAGCCCCCGCACCACUAGAGGGAUAUCCUCAACCACCAACUUACAAUCCUGAGACAAGGCCGAGUAUAGCCCACAGAGGUCUCCACCACAGCACAAACCAAGGGGGGGCGCCAACCCAGACAGGAAGAUCACGUCAGUAACUCAACCCACUCAAGUGACGCACCCCUCCUAGGGACGGCAUGAAAGAGCACCAGCAAGCCAGUGACUCAGCCCCUGUAACAGGGUUAGAGGCAGAGAACCCCAGUGGAGAGAGGGGAACCGGCCUGGCAGAGACAGCAAGGGCUGUUCGUUGCUCCAGAGCCUUUCCGUUCACCUUCACACUCCUGGGCCAGACUACACUCAAUCAUAUGACCUACUGAAGAGAUAAGUCUUCAGUAAAGACUUAAAGGUUGAGACCGAGUCUGCGUCUCUCACAUGGGUAGGCAGACUGUUCCAUAAAAAUGGAGAUCUAUAGGAGAAAGCCCUGCCUCCCGCUGUUUGCUUAGAAAUUCUAGGGACAAUUAGGAGGCCUGCGUCUUGUGACCGUAGCGUACGUAUUGGUAUGUACGGCAGGACCAACUCGGAAAGAUAGGUAGGAGCAAGCCCAUGUAACGCUUUAUAGGUUAACAGUAAAACCUUGAAAUCAGCCCUUGCCUUAACAGGAAGCCAGUGUAGGGAAGCUAGCACUGGAGUAAUAUGAUCAAAUUUCUUGGUUCUAGUCAGGAUUCUAGCAGCCGUAUUUAGCACUAACUGAAGUUUAUUUAGUGCUUUAUCCGGGUAGCCGGAAAGUAGAGCAUUGCAGUAGUCUAACCUAGAAGUAACAAAUGCAUGGAUUAAAUUUUUCUGCAUCAUUUUUGGACAGAAAAUUUCUGAUUUUUGCAAUGUUACGUAGAUGGAAAAAAGCUGUCCUUGAAACAGUCUUGAUAUGUUCGUCAAAAGAGAGAUCAGGGUCAAGAGUAACGCCGAGGUCCUUCACAGUUUUAUUUGAGACGACUUUACAACCAUCAAGACGAAUUGUCAGAUUUAACAGAAGAUCUCUUUGUUUCUUGGGACCUAGAACAAGCAUCUCUGUUUUGUCCGAGUUUAAAAGUAGAAAGUUUUCAGCCAUCCACUUCCUUAUGUCUGAAACACAGGCUUCUAGCGAGGGCAAUUUUGGGGCUUCACCAUGUUUCAUUGAAAUGUACAGCUGUGUGUCAUCCGCAUAGCAGUGAAAGUUAACAUUAUGUUUUCGAAUAACAUCCCCAAGAGGUAAAAUAUAUAGUGAAAACAAUAGUGGUCCUAAAACGGAACCUUGAGGAACACCGAAAUGUACAGUUGAUUUGUCGGAGGACAGACCAUUCACAGAGACAAACUGAUAUCUUUCCGACAGGUAAGAUCUAAACCAGGCCAGAACUUGUCCGUGUAGACCAAUUUGGGUUUCCAGUCUCUCCAAAAGAAUGUGGUGAUCGAUGGUGUCAAAGGCAGCACUAAGGUCUAGUAGCACGAGGACAGAUGCAGAGCCUCGGUCUGACGCCAUUAAAAGGUCAUUUACCACCUUCACAAGUGCAGUCUCAGUGCUAUGAUGGGGUCUAAAACCAGACUGAAGCAUUUCGUAUACAUUGUUUGUCUUCAGAAAGGCAGUGAGUUGCUGCGCAACAGCUUUUUCUAAAAUUUUUGAGAGGAAUGGAAGAUUCGAUAUAGGCCGAUAGUUUUUUAUAUUUUCCGGGUCAAGGUUUGGCUUUUUCAAGAGAGGCUUUAUCACUGCCACUUUUAGUGAGUUUGGUACACAUCCGGUGGAUAGAGAGCUGUUUAUUAUGUUCAACAUAGGAGGGCCAUGUUGAACAUGUAGGACAAAGUAGGAUGAUCGAGCAGCAGUGAGGGCUCUUCGGUACUGCACGGUACUGUCUUUCCAAGCUAGUCGGAAGACUUCCAGUUUGGUGUGGCGCCAUUUCCGUUCCAAUUUCCUGGAAGCUUGCUUCAAAGCUCGGGUAUUUUCUGUAUACCAGGGAGCUAGUUUCUUAAGACAAAUGUUUUUCGUUUUUAGGGGUGCAACUGCAUCUAGGGUAUUGCGCAAGGUUAAAUUGAGUUCCUCAGUUAAGUGGUUAACUGAUUUUUGUCCUCUGACGUCCUUGGGUAGGCAGAAGGAGUCUGGAAGGGCAUCAAGGAAUUUUUGUGUUGUCUGAGAAUUUAUAGCACGACUUUUGAUGCUCCUUGGUUGGGGUCUGAGCAGAUUAUUUGUUGCGAUUGCAAACGUAAUAAAAUGGUGGUCCGAUAGUCCAGGAUUUUGUGGAAAAACAUUAAGAUCUACAACAUUUAUUCCAUGGGACAAAACUAGGUCCAGAGUAUGACUGUGGCAGUGAGUAGGUCCAGAGACAUGUUGGACAAAACCCACUGAGUCGAUGAUGGCUCCGAAAGACUUUUGGAGUGGGUCUGUGGACUUCUCCAUGUGAAUAUUAAAAUCACCAAAAAUUAGAAUAUGAUCUGCUAUGACUACAAGGUCUGAUAGGAAUUCAGGAAACUCAGAGAGGAACGCUGUAUAUGGCCCAGGAGGCCUGUAAACAGUAGCUAUAAAAAGUGAUUGAGUAGGCUGCAUAGAUUUCAUGACUAGAAGCUCAAAAGACGAAAACGCCAUUUUUUUUUUUUGUAAAUUGAAAUUUGCUAUCGUAAAUGUUAGCAACACCUCCGCCUUUGCGGGAUGCACGGGGAAUAUGGUCACUAGUGUAACCAGGAGGUGAGGCCUCAUUUAACACAGCAAAUUCAUCAGGCUUAAGCCAUGUUUCAGUCAGGCCAAUCACAUCAAGAUUAUGAUCAGUGAUUAGUUCAUUGACUAUGACUGCCUUUGAAGUGAGGGAUCUAACAUUAAGUAACCCUAUUUUGAGAUGUGAGGUAUCACGAUCUCUUUCAAUAAUGGCAGGAAUGGAGGAGGUCUUUAUCCUAAUAAGAUUGCUAAGGCGAACACCGCCAUGUUUAGUUUUGCCCAACCUAGGUCGAGGCACAGACACAGUCUCAAUGGGUAUGGCUGAGCUGACUACACUGACUAUGCUAUUGGCAGACUCCACUAAGCUGGCAGGUUGGCUAACAGCCUGCUGCCUGGCCUGCACCCUAUUUUUUUUCCUGCUGAUCUACACAACCUACUCCACAUUAUCAAAGUGAAAGAACAAUUGUAUAAUUUGUUUGCGUAUGUCUUCACACCACAGAAUUAAUACUUGGUGAAAACACGUUUGGCAGCCAUUACAGCUGUAAACCAUUUUGAAUAAGAUUCUACCAACUUUGUACAACUCAUAGGGCAGCAUAUACCCAUCGUUUUUUCAAGCAGGUUUAAGUCAGGACUGAGAUUGGACCAUCCAGGAACACUCAACAGCUAUUGGAAAACCAUUCUGGUGUGUCUUUGGCAUUAAAAUUUGUGUAAUUGACCUGCUGAAAACUCUAUCCCACUAAGGCAGGGUUUCCUCAAACUUUUUAACUGGGCUUUCCUCCUUUCAUAAUUUUUUUUGAUCCUGACAAAUCAAUCUUUAUUUAUACAGAUAAAAUCGAAUCAAAUCCUGACAAACUUCCCAGUCCCUGCUGGUGACAAGCAUACCCAUAACACGAUGCUGCCACCACAAUACUUGAAAAUACAAAGGGUUUCACGCUGUGUUGUGUGGUAUUGGAUUUGACCCAAGCCUGUGGUUUUUAAUUUAGGCCAAAAAGUAAUCAGAGACAAGGUUUUAAUAUUGCUGUCCAUCAAUGACUCUCAAACAAAUUUACUGAGCUUGAUCAAUUUGGACUAAAACAAUGGGUAUACAUUUCCCUAAGAGUUGUGCAAAGUUGGUAGAAUCUUAUUCAAAAUGAUUCACAGCUGUAAUGGCUGCCAAAGGUGCUUCCAACAAGUAUUUACACUAGGGUGUGAAGUCAUACGCACUCAAGACAAGUUUUUGUAUUUUAUUAUUCAUUUGGAAGAUUUUCUAUUUUUAAAAAAAUCACUUUUAAAAUGUGGAAUAGGUUGUGUACAUCAGUAAGAACAAAAUCUAAUUCAAUCAAUUUUUAGACUACAUUUUUAGGCAGCAAAAUGUACAAGGGGUUUGUAAACUUUCAAUAGGCACUGUAGGUCCUCCACAGCUCACUUAGAUGCCAUCAGACAGCAUAAGGUUUUUUCCCCAACCCACUGGAUGCUUUCUUUCUACCAUACAAAACAAAUACAUCUUCAUCGCUCCAUUAUACAGAGACAAUAGAAAUGUGUCCAGUACCCUAACCAGCCCCACCACACAACACACACGACAGGCUUAAUGCAUACAAUAUAGUCACGCAAUGUAGCUCUUUUACAUACCUCCAUAAUUUCCAUCCUACAAGACUUCCUUUGCCACAACAGGGUAAUGUAAUUUUACUAAUGAAGGAAGAGCUGAUUAAUUUUUAAAGUGGAACUGACAGCGUUUGAACUACUUUGCAGAUAUGAAACAGACAAUCAUAAUAUCAGUGAAAAAUAUCAAAUUCCCAGUUUAUGCUUCAAAACCAACUUUAUGAGAGGUUUUAAAAAUAGGUUCUAUCAAAAUUCCAUGAGAUACAGCAAGCAAUGAGUCAACAAUUGAGUCAUCUACUUUAUGAAAUUAUAGCCUGAUGCGCUCGCAUAGGUGAAUUCAACUUCAAUUGUGCUGCUUUCGUGUGUCCUGUUUACAGCGUGCAGAGGAGGGAAAGUGUACAGACACAUGCCACAGUCCUAGCUAGGCUACUAAAAUGUUGCAGUCUGGCCUCGGUUUUUAAAGCUUGACAAUGAAUAACCAAAAAACUAAACCUGCAACACAAUGCAAAAGAGAAACAUGUAGGCCAGGGGUGUUAAACUCAUUCCACAGAUGGCAGAGUGUCAGUUUUUGGGUUUUCCUUUCAAUUAAGACCUAGACAACCAGGUGAGGGGAGUUCCUUACUAAUUAGUGACCUUAAUUCAUCCAUCAAGUAUAAGGGUGGAGCAAAAGCCUGCAGACACUCAGCCCUCUUUGGAAUGAGUUUGACAUAUGAUGUAGGCCUAUUAGAGCAAGAUUUGAGCAGUAGCCUAAGUUGGCUACUCAACUACAAUACAUUUUGAGUGCACCAUACAGCAAUGCUGCAUUCAACCGCACCAGUGAUCCUUGCAGUGCAAAUUUUUUCUAAACAUGUUUUAAGUUUAAAUGUUACAACAGCCUAUAGCGAAGUUUUUGUUAAAUCAAAUCAAAUCAAAUGGUAUUGGUCACAUACACGUGUUUAGCAGAUGUUAUUGCGGGUGUAGCGAAAUGCUUGUGCUUCUAGCUCCGACAGUGCAGUAAUAUCUAACAAGUAAUAUCUAACAAUUUCACAAUUAUACCCAAUACAGACAAAUCUAAGUAAGGAAUGAAUUAAGAAUAUAUACAUAUACAGUGGGGAAAAAAGGUAUUUAGUCAGCCACCAAUUGUGCAAGUUCUCCCACUUAAAAAGAUGAGAGAGGCCUGUAAUUUUCAUCAUAGGUACACGUCAACUAUGACAGACAAAAUGAGAAAAAUUUUUUCCAGAAAAUCACAUUGUAGGAUUUUUUAUGAAUUUAUUUGCAAAUUAUGGUGGAAAAUAAGUAUUUGGUCAAUAACAAAAGUUUCUCAAUACUUUGUUAUAUACCCUUUGUUGGCAAUGACACAGGUCAAAUGUUUUCUGUAAGUCUUCACAAGGUUUUCACACACUGUUGCUGGUAUUUUGGCCCAUUCCUCCAUGCAGAUCUCCUCUAGAGCAGUGAUGUUUUGGGGCUGUCGCUGGGCAACACAGACUUUCAACUCCCUCCAAAUAUUUUCUAUGGGGUUGAGAUCUGGAGACUGGCUAGGCCACUCCAGGACCUUGAAAUGCUUCUUACGAAGCCACUCCUUCAUUGGCUGGGCGGUGUGUUUGGGAUCAUUGUGAUGGUGAAAGACCCAGCCACGUUUCACCUUCAAUGCCCUUGCUGAUGGAAGGAGGUUUUCACUCAAAAUCUCACGAUACAUGGCCCCAUUCAUUCUUUCCUUUACACGGAUCAGUCGUCCUGGUCCCUGUGCAGAAAAACAGCCCCAAAGCAUGAUGUUUCCACCCCCAUGCUUCACAGUAGGUAUGGUGUUCUUUGGAUGCAACUCAGCAUUCUUUGUCCUCCAAACACGACGAGUUGAGUUUUUACCAAAAAGUUCUAUUUUGGUUUCAUCUGACCAUAUGACAUUCUCCCAAUCCUCUUCUGGAUCAUCCAAAUGCACUCUAGCAAACUUCAGACGGGCCUGGACAUGUACUGGCUUAAGCAGGGGGACACGUCUGGCACUGCAGGAUUUGAUUCCCUGGCGGCGUAGUGUUUUACUGAUGGUAGGCUUUGUUACUUUGGUCCCAGCUCUCUGCAGGUCAUUCACUAGGUCCCCCCGUGUGGUUCUGGGAUUUUUGCUCACCGUUCUUGUGAUCAUUUUGACCCCACGGGGUGAGAUCUUGCGUGGAGCCCCAGAUCGAAGGAGAUUAUCAGUGGUCUUGUAUGUCUUCCAUUUCCAAAUAAUUGCUCCCACAGUUGAUUUCUUCAAACCAAGCUGCUUACCUAUUGCAGAUUCAGUCUUCCCAGCCUGGUGCAGGUCUACAAUUUUGUUUCUGGUGUCCUUUGACAGCUCUUUGGUCUUGGCCAUAGUGGAGUUUGGAGUGUGACUGUUUGAGGUUGUGGACAGGUGUCUUUUAUACUGAUAACAAGUUCAAACAGGUGCCAUUAAUACAGGUAACGAGUGGAGGACAGAGGAGCCUCUUAAAGAAGAAGUUACAGGUCUGUGAGAGCCAGAAAUCUUGCUUGUUUGUAGGUGACCAAAUACUUAUUUUCCACCAUAAUUUGCAAAUAAAUUCAUAAAAAAUCCUACAAUGUGAUUUUCUGGAUUUUUUAAAAACAUUUUGUCUGUCAUAGUUGACGUACCUAUGAUGAAAAUUACAGGCCUCUCUCAUCUUUUUAAGUGGGAGAACUUGCACAAUUGGUGGCUGACUAAAUACUUUUUUUCCCCACUGUAUGGACGAGCGAUGUCAGAGCGGCAUGGACUAAGAUACAGUAGAAUAGUAUAGAAUACAGUAUAUACACAUGAGAUGAGUAAUGCAAGAAAUGUAAACAUUAUUAAAGAGACUAAGAUCCCGUAGAAUAGUAUAGAAUACAGUAUAUACAUAUGAGAUGAGUAAUGCAAGAUAUGUAAACAUUAUGAAAGUGGCUAGUGUUUCAUUUCUUAAAGUGGCCAGUGAUUUCUAGUCUAUGUCUAUAGGCAGCAGCCUCUAAUGUGCAGGUGUUCUCGGGGUGAUGAGAGGUGUUGUGUUUGCGCCAGACAUAGCGUUUUCCUUGAUGGCCAAAAAGCUAAAUUUUAGUCUCAUCUGACCAGAGUACCUUCUUCCAUAUGUUUGGGGAGUCUCCCACAUGGCUUUUGGCGAACACCUAACGUGUUUGCUUAUUUUAUUCUUUAAGCAAUGGCUUUUUUCUGGCCACUCUUCCGUAAAGCCCAGCUCUGUGGAGUGUACGGCUUAAAGUGGUCCUAUGGACAGAUACUCCAAUCUCCGCUGUGGAGCUUUGCAGCUCCUUCAGGGUUAUCUUUGGUCUCUUUGUUGCAUCUCUGAUUAAUGCCCUCCUUGCCUGGUCCAUGAGUUUUGGUGGGCGGCCCUCUCUUGGCAGGUUUGUUGUGGUACCAUAUUCUUUCAAUUUUUUUAAUAAUGGAUUUAAUGGUGCUCCGUGGGAUGUUCAAAGUUUCUGAUAUUUUUUUUAUAACCCAACCCUGAUCUGUACUUCUCCACAACUUUGUCCCUGACCUGUUUGGAGAGCUCCUUGGUCUUCAUGGUGCUGCUUGCUUGGUGGUGCCCCUUGCUUAGUGGUGUUGCAGACUCUGGGGCCUUUCAGAACAGGUGUAUAUAUACUGAGAUCAUGUGACAGAUCAUGUGACACUUAGAUUGCACACAGGUGGACUUUAUUUAACUAAUUAUGUGACUUCUGAAGGGAAUUGGUUGCACCAGAUCUUAUUUAGGGGCUUCAUAGUAAAGAGGGUGAAUACAUAUGCACGCACCACUUUUCAGUUAUUUAUUUUUUAGAAUUUUUUGAAACACGUUAUUAUUUUCAUUCCACUUCACCAAUUUGGACUAGUUAAUUACAUGAAAUGCAAAUAAAAAUCCAUUAAAAAAUGACGCCAAGGGGGAUGAAUACUUUUGCAAGGCACUGUAUGGUCCCACAGUUGACAGUGCAUGUCAGAGCAAAAACCAAGCCAAGGAAUUGUCCGUAGAGCUCAGAGACAGGAUUGUGUCGAGGCACAGAUCUGGAGAAGGGUACCAAAACAUUUCUGCAGCAUUGAAGGUCCCCAAGAACACAGUGGCCUCCAUCAUUCUUAAAUGGAAGAAGUUUGGAACCACCAAGACUCUUCCUAGAGCUGGCCGACGGCAAAACUGGCAAUCAGGGGAGAAGGGCAUUGGUCAGGGAGGGGACCAAGAACCCGAUGGUCAUUCUGACAGAGUUCUAGAGUUCCCCUGUGGAGAUGGGAGAAACUUCCAUAAGGACAACCAUCUCUGCAGCACUCAACCAAUCAGGCCUUUAUGGUAGAGUGGCCAGAAGGAAGCCACUCUUCAGUAAAAGGCACAUGACAGCCCACUUAGAGUUUGCCAAAAGGCACCUAAAGGACUCUCAGACAAUGACAAACAAUAUUCUCUGGUCUGAUGAAACCAAGAUUGAACUCUUUGGCCUGACUGCCAAGCGUCACCUCUGGAGGAAACCUGGCACCAUCCCUACGGUGAAGCAUGGUGGUGGCAGCAUCAUGCUGUGAGGAUGUUUUUCAGUUGCAGGGACUGGGAGACUAGUCAGGUUUGAGGGAAAGAUGAAUGGAGCAAAGUAUAGAGAGAUCCUUGAUGAAAACCUGCUCCGGAGCGCUCAGGACCUCAGACUGGGGCGAAGGUUCACCUUCCAACAGGAUAACGACCCUAAGCACACAGCCAAGACAACCCAGGAAUGGCUUCGGGACAAGUCUCUGAAUGUCCUUGAGUGGCCCAGCCAGAGCCCGGACUUGAACCCGAUCGAACUUCUCUGGAGAGACCUGAAAAUAGCUGUCCAGCGACUUUCCCCAUCAGAGCUUGAGAGGAUCUGCAGAGAAGAAUGGGAGAAUCUACCCAAAUACAGAUGUUCUAACCUUGUAGCGUCAUACCCAAGAUAACUCAAGGCUGUAAUCGCUGCCAUAGGUGCUUCAACAAAGUACUGAGUAAAGGAUCUGAAUUCUUUUGUAAAUUUGAUAUUGAAGUUUUUUAUUUUUAAUACAUUUGCAAACAUUUCUAAAAACCUGUUUCUGCUUUGUCAUUAUGGGGUAUUGUGUGUAGAUUGAUGAGGGGUAAAAAACCAUUUAAUCCAUUUAAACCACAAAAUGUGGAAAAAGUCAAGGGGUCAGAAUAGUGGACAUUAUAAAGGGCCAUAUGUUUUCAAAUAAAACAAUGGCCAGUUAGGAUCGCAGUUGCAAGUUUUUUUGUAAAAACAAAUAGGCUUUGUCUGGUCUGCGAAUUCGUUGUGUUUUUUCAAUAUAGCCCUUGCGCUGAUUGAGUUUGACAUCCCUGUGCUAGCGUAUCUAUUUAUGUAACUAGCUAUUUAUUUAGCAAGCUAAAAACAUAGAGCCUAAUGUUAGCUAGUUAGCUAGCUGCUGGGAGGUGUCAUGUCAUUGGCGGAGUGGGUGAGUGAAUGACGUUUUAUUGUUUUUCGUGGCUACAGCUAGAAAUGCUGCAAGUGUCAUUUGGUUAGCUAGCAAGAAAUGUGAAUCGCUAAGCUAGCGAGCUAGCUAUGUUGAACUUGAACGACUGUUAUCCACAGUUAGCAUAUCUCUUAGUUGUCAAUCAAAUGUAUUUGGCAUUGAUCAAAUGGGCGGGUAGGCAGCCAAGUUCCCAUUCAGUUGUCAAAACGUGUUGGGACAAGCAUGCAUUGGCAGGCAAGCUGCAGAAGGAUGAGCAGGCUACUAUUCCCCAUCAUUUAUCAGUGCAAUUUUGAUGGCCAACUAGCUGAAAAAGUUUGAUAGGGUUACCUCAUUCGAUUUUAGCUCAUCUUGCUCUGGCUAGCGUUAGUUGUUGAUCUUGUUGUUGUUGAUGUGCAUAGGCAACUGAGGGAGAGAGAGCUUACCUUUUCAUGGUCAUUUGAUCAAUAGGAUUGUGAAGGUUCCCAAAUGUAAGAGGACUCCCGUGGUAUUUACAUAUUUGCAGAAAUACAUUCAGGUGUAUUUUGUGGUUUUUGGCGAAUGCGUUCUAAUAAUCUAAAGUUGCUACUGCCUGUAAGCACACAGUCCAGUUCAAAGUGAAUGAUGGCAGGCCCUUGUGGCAAAUAGCUUAUUUGCAUAUAGGCUUACUGUAGCUCUGAUUGGCUAUGGCGCACAGGUCUGCGUAGACUCCGGUCCUGGACAGUGUCUAUUAAUUGUCCAAACGCAUGGCUGCUUUCCCACUCUAUAUUGCUAUAGAAUUUUCACAAAUGCCUUAGUAUACGUAAUUCCCAAACAUUUUAUGAAUUUAUGAAAAUUUGAAAAUGACCAUAUCGCUUGUCAGAAAAUGUAAAAAAAUGUGUCAUAUUCUUCCUGGGGGUGUAUAUGAGCAGAUUGUAAUAAGAUGUUGCUAAAAUGCUGUAAGUUCCACUUUAAAUCUAUUAAUAAUCACAUUCACCACACUCCUUAUCAAUAAUGCAAGAUAGCAGAGCAGAUGAACAGAUCCAUAGAUCAUCUGGAUGGAGAUGAGAGCACAGAGCACUGUCUAAAGCUGCUGUGUGCCUCCCAUGGGCAGGGCUGUGCUGGCUGUGAUGUUUUCUUUUCACAUUGCCCUUUCCAGCACAGUUCCAGCAACUAUGCGUAAUGUGAAAAGGGUGUAAACCUGUGAGCCUCACAUGGGUAGGGCUGUUUCAGCUGGAUCCUAGACCUGGCAGGGUAGGUUGCUCAUGCUCCAUAGCAGACCUGGGUUCAAUUAUGAUUAAAAUAGAAGAGUCAUAAAACUGCAAACGCAACCCAACUGGCACUCCAGGCAGUCUAACACAAACAGAUUUCAAAUAGUGUUUGAACCCAGUUUUACUCCAUAGUGGUAAAUAUAACAGCCAGGUUCACAGGGAGCAGGCUAUUCUCUGUUCUCUGUGCAUAAAAAAUAUUAAUAAAUGAAAAAACAUUGUUUUGUCAUUUAGCAGACACUCUUAUCCAGAGCGGCUUACAGGAGCAAUUAGGACAGCUUUUCCCAAACUCAGUCCUGGGGACACUUUGAUUUAUGCCCUAGCACUACACAGCUGAUUCAAGUAAUCAAAGCUUGAUGAUUAGUUGAUUAUUUGAAUCAGCUGUGUAGUGCUAGGGCAAAAACCAAAGUGUUCACCUCUUGGGGUCACCAGGACCAAGUUUGGAAAACCCUGAAUUAGGGUUAAAUGCCUUGCUCGAGGGCAUAUCGACAGAUUUUUUCACCUAUUUGGCUUAGGAAUUUGAAUCAGCAACCUUUCGGUUACUGUUCCAACACUCUUAACUGCUAGGCUACCUGCCACCUACCUGUUCUCCAGAUAAGUGAGUAUUAUAGAGUGUGAUAGAGAAGAGUGUAAUCUAGAGGCAGAUAGAUAGCAGGUAUAAUAUAAAGCAUAACCACUGAGGCACAAGAAACUCUGUGUUUAAAUCCACUCUCAUCUCAUCGUGAUACACUGGCUUUCCUGGCUCUGGCAAUUCCCUUACACUGUGAGAGGUUAAUAAAUUAUUCAUUACCCUUUUGUAUCCAUAGGGAAGUUCAUUUCGCCUGGCUGAGUGUCUCCAUGUCUCCGGAUGAGUCUCUGACACAUAGUCUUAAACAUUAACUCUUGGACUUGGGUCGCAAUUCAGUCAUGUUUAGUAAGGUAACGGGCUGGUGGAUCUGGUACCUGAGAUUGACAUGAAUGGAGAUGAGCGUAAAUGUGUUUCUCUUGAUAUCAGGGAUUUACUCAGGAGAGUGGAACAUCAUUAGCCUAGUUCCAUAUUUGUUUGUGCUGUCUCGCCAACUCCUAUGCUCAUGGUAUGAAAAAAAAAUAAAUGUAUGCACUCACUAACUGUAAGUCGCUCUGGAUAAGAGCGUCUGCUAAAUGACUAAAAUGUAAAUGUAAAUGGCACGACUGCAAAACAGAUUUGGGAACAGGCUAGAACUCAGACGGAAAUGUUGUGUAGUUCUGUGUUGACUGGACAUGAUCCUCUGUUGUGGAAGGUGUCGUUUCAGCUCUACUGAAAGUCACAGCCAACUGCACAGUAUAAGCCCGAGGUCAGGGGUGGGUAAAGGACCCGUUUUGUAGGCCCUCAGAUAAAUCCCCCCCCACACCCCAAUGAUUUUGUUAGUCAGUCUCAAUCAGAUAUCAUAUUAAAAACUGUAAAAACUGCAAACAUUUCUCUCCCCCCUAUGGCAAAAUGUGUAUAAUUGCAGAAUAUUAGCUCUAAAACAGCAAAUUUUCCUCUCCGCCCCAUUGCAAAACCAGUAGAAUUACAUGAAAUUAGUUAUGAAAUUGCAACAUCUUCUCUCGGGGGGGGGGGAGGCGCAAACCCGCGAGCAAAUGCAGCCUCUCAUGGUGAGUUCAUAUGUUUUGUGGCCCCCACCCCCAUCAAAGUUGCCCAUCCCUGACCUAGGUAUUACGAAUGAUUGAUGGACACACUUUUAAGGUGGACAUCCUUUUCUAGCAAACUAAACAAUUAAUUUGUUCAGCAAGUGAUGCGUUAAUCUGUUCAACCAACAGUAUUGGCAUUUUACACACCCGUCUGAGACCAAGACGUUCCGACCGGCCUGCUAAACAGUCCUAUGUGUGUUGCCCUAUUUACUGUGGCAUAGCUAGUGAUGCUUUCCAGUCGUCCAGAGGAAACAAACUGACUGAGAAGCUAGAUCAUUAGGCCUCCAUCCACUGUGACACUGAGUGAUGUUUCUCCCUAACAUUGCCUGGGGACUGACAAUGUCUUUCUGCUUCAUCCGGAAUACAUAAAAUGGCCUAAAUCAAAUUGACUCAAUAUUGUUAGCAUGGAGAAGAAAUACAGUAUUUGAUAUGGGGUUGUACUUCAUAAAGGCCCCGUUUCCUGAUUGGUAUUUUUGUCUGUUUCAUGCUAAUAUUGAGUUUAAGAAAACAUAUGUUUGUACAGUAGUGGUGCAUUUUUAGGGAUGCGUUGUUGGAAAUUAGGUUUACAUUGUUUCACAGCCGUGCUGGUAAUGAGAGCCACAUCCAGUCAAACCUUCCUAAUGACGCUGUCCAAUCAGUGGUCCUGAAAUAACAACAGUGUGCAUUUCUAGUCGGCCAUGGUGAGAACGCGCUCCUCUCUAAUUUGAGUGUCUGUUUCAGUAGCUAAACCCAUCGCUGUCCUCGUUGUGGUCCUGAAAUGAUUGCUAUUGCAUUGACAUUAUCCCCUCCAGGUGAUUUGCAGCUGGAUAGUACUGUUUUCUUCAUGCAUUUAUUUGGUGAAAUAGAAAUGAAUUGUAAAUCAAUCUGGAAUAUACCGUGAUAUGAAAUGUAUGUUAUACCGCCUAUUCCUAUGUGAAUUACAGAAUCGUUUGCAGUAUGUUAGAGGUUCUUGACAACUCUGCCCUGAUUCAGGCAGUCAGACGGAUGCUGGACGCUAAGCCAAUAUGUCACACCAUCUGGAGUCAAGGUGUUCAGGUGCAGAUUGGGCAAAAGUUCACUCUGGGAAUGCAAAAUCGUAGCAUUUUGCUUCUUACAAAACAACUAAUGUUGACAUGUCAAAAUAAUUUCACAUUGGGAACUCCCAAGAGUUCCUUCCCAAUUCCACCCUUGGUUGUGUUCCUCUGGUAUACUGGAGGUUUGUUUGUUCACCUUAAUAUGAUUUAGUUCCUCCCUCUGGAGCUGCCCCUGGCCCUGAUCCUAGAAGACAGUCAGGGCCACACUGUUGACCCUGUGUGACAGAAUGGUCCCUUUUGGUCGACCUCACUGCAGGUUAAUGACACCAACAGGGUCACACUAGAUCUUUAGAACAGGUCACUGUAGAGUAGAUUGUUAAACUAGACACUGUAGAACAGUUGCAGUGCUAUACACCAAUCACAGUAAUAGGUACAGUCACUGAGAGGUGAAACUAGCCCCUGGAUCCAGCAGAGUAGAGCCACCCAGGGAAGGGAUGUUAUGGUCCCUGACUGUGUCAGAUUAGCAUUUUGGAGUGUUAUAUCCUCUCUUGCAUGACUGAGUUCAUUACAGAGUCCCAGCUUGGCCAGCUGAUCCCCAUCCUAUCCACUGGGGUUCUCAUUAGCGCCCAGUACACAGUAAAUGGGCUAGAUGCAAGACUGACCGGGACUUAAAGUACAGGGUUUCGGUUAUAGUGCACACUUGUAUUGCUGUACAGUACACUUUGAUCUUAUCAUACUGCAUGAAUAGAAAGUUAGAGAUUUUGAAUAAGGUCUGCCUAAGGUGUUAUCCGAAUUAACUUCAAAGCCGAAACCCAUAUCCUCUUACCUCACGUGUCAUACUUUUAGCUACCUUGGGUUUGACAUUUUGACAAUGGUUCUGUCUGGCAUUGGCUUUCACUUUGCAGAGAUUCUUUCUGGGCCCAGCACGCUUUAACAGUGUGCUGUAACACCCAUGUAAUAUCCAAGGUAUAUCAGUAUCAGACCUGCUGUGCUAGGCAACUGUUUAAUUGCCUCCAAGACCCUAUAGGCUAAACAACCAUUUAACAAGCCAACAUGAUACUUCCUUCCUUCUGAGUCUAGCGUGUCUCAUGGUGAUUCAAAGGGGUCUGUGUGUGUUUCCGUGGUGAUUGGAGGAGUCUGGAGGAAGUGGAGGCGACAGACAGUCAUGAUGAAUGAUGUAGCUGUCUGGAGAAGAUGCUCUAGGGAGGUAAUGUGCUGCUGGAGUACUUUUUAUGGAGCUAGUCAUUUUUCGACUGUGGCUGUGGCCUCGUCUGGACUGGACUGGACUGGACUGAGGGAGAACCACAACGUAGAGUGUUUACUGGAUCACAAAAAUGACUGUAAAGUCGCAACGGUUUGAGCUACAAACUAUUAUGACCCCACUAUGAAAAGCUGAGACUCACGAAUGCACAUGUAAUGUUUUGCUCUAUGACGCUCACAUGCCACACAAGAGUCGUUAGAAGGUAAGAAGUUCUUCUACAUAGAAUAUCAUAGGAAAUCCCAGCACAUAGUGUCUAUAAUACUGUAAUAAGCUCACAUAGUCGCUGUCACAAACUCCAAACUCCACACAGUUGCCACUGACUAGUUGGACAUCCAUUUCCCACUGAGCAAACAAUUUCUGUACUUACAGCAUUCUUAUAAAUGCAUUAUUUAUCAGGUUUUUGCUUGGUGGACCUUAUUUGUUUAUUGACAUUUGUCAAUAAAACUCAUGAAUACAACUUUUUAUAUCAAAUUGUUUUGUGUUCUGCUUGUAGCCCUGGUUGGCCUGAAAAUAAAAUGGUAAAACACUUCAAUGUGAGCCUAAAUAUGAGUGCAGAGCAAGCAUAUUAAUUAAAGUAGUGAAUUUCUGCUUUUUCACUGUGGGAGGCCUCGGACGAAUUGAGUUUUUAAGAUGCUAUUCUCACACUGCUAUUCUCUUAUUGCAGGAUGGAUCUCACCACUUGAUACUGUCAAGGUCAUGGCAUAUGAUUUCAAGCUGCCCAUCAGUUUCUUGGCUGUCUGAAAACAACAAGUAGAAAAGGUUCUGGUCUGCUUCCUUUACUUCACAGCUCAGUUUUAAAUUACAUUUGUGAGCAGUGAUUGAGAAACUCUCAGCACAGAGCUAUAAAAGGGAAGUCAAUGACAAUGAGAACCAGGCAUCACACAGUGAGAGAAAUGGGCAGGAAAUGAACUAAAGGAAGGACAGUAGAACCAUUUUAAACACAUAAUGGCUUGGGUCUCAAUUACUGUAUGAAGUGGUAUCAGUCAAAUAUAACCAGUAUAAAUAUCUAGCCUACAUACAGCGUUUUCUAUUUGAAAAACGUCCCUGUUGGACAGAAUUGGGGUUGUGACAAAGUGUUAUUGUAAAAUGUAUUUUGAAGCAUCAUCAAUAUCCAAUUUUAAAGCAGUGCCUGUUCGAAUUAAGGAUACCGGUAGUAGUGUGUGAAAGUGUGUCAUCCAGUAUGUCAUCCAGAGCUCUAAACUAGGGCAACAAUAUUGCAAAGGCUACAUGGUAUGUGUGUACUGGAGAGCUCCCAUCACGUGACGUCAGAUGCCCCAGGUUUUGGUGGUCAGAUUUGGAGAGAGUGCAGGAUAAUCCAAAAUGCGCCUGAACAGGUAUUUCAAUACAUCCAUAUCUCACCCAAUUAUCAAUUUGUCACGAUCGUUUACGGACAAGAAGGACCAAGGCGCAGCGUGAUAAGCGUACAUGUUUAUUACAACUGUGCAAACACGACAAAACAACAAACAAACGAUACGUGAAGUCUUAAGGUACACACAACAAACCUAUACGGAACAAGAUCCGACAACCCACUAGUGCCAACAGGCUACCUAAGUAUGGUACCCAAUCAGAGACAACGAGCUACAGCUGCCUCUGAUUGGGAACCACCCUGGCCAACAUAGAUCUAAACGAUCUAGAAACUAAACAUAGAAAACACAACAUAGAAACUACACACCCUGGCUCAACAUUUAAGAGUCCCCAGAGCCAGGGCGUGACAGUACCCCCCCCCCCCCAAAUGUGUGGACUCCGACCGCGCAACCUAAACAUAACAGGGUGGGGGCCGGGUGGGCAUUCCGCCUCCGGGCGUGACCACCACCUAUUAUCCGCCUCCCUGUUGCGCCCCUGGUCUGCUCUGGACCUCGGCGCGCUGCUUCCCCUCUCCUUCUUCCCACGAAGUACCAAGCCCUGUCUGGACCCUGGUGUGGGAGACCCCGAACCUAGAGAGGGGCUGACGUCUGGGUCUGGACUGGAACCGCUGACUGGAGCUGGACCCGACGAUGGUGGAGCGAACUGCUCUGACUCCGGCGUGGAGCUGCUGACCGGAGCUGGAUCAGGCACCGGUGGAGCGGACUGCUCUAGCUCCGGAGUGGAGCAGCUGACCGAUGCCGGACCAGGCACCGGUGGAACAGGCACGGGCCGUGCCGGACUGGACACACGCACCACUGGCUUGAUGCGAGGAGCAGGAACAGGCCGGACCAGGCUGGCGACGCGCACCACUGGCUUGGUGCGAGUGACAGGAACAGGCCGGACCGGGCUGGAGACGCGCACCACUGGCUUGGUGCGAGGGACAGGAACAGGCCGGACCGGGCUGGAGAUGCGCACCACUGGCUUGGUGCGAGGAGCAUGAACGGGCCAGGCCGGACUGGGAACACGCACCACUGGCUUGGUGCGGGGAGCAGGAACGGGCCGGGCCGGACUGGGAACACGCACCACUGGCAUGGUGCAGGGAGCAGGAACGGGCCGGGCCGGACUGGGAACACGCACCACUGGCUUGGUGCGAGGAGCAGGAACGGGCCGGGCCGGACUGGGAACACGCACCACUGGCUUGGUGCGGGGAGCAGGAACGGGCCGGGCCAGGACUGGGAACACGCACCACUGGCUUGGUGCGGGGAGCAGGAACGGGCCGGGCCGGACUGGGAACACGCACCACUGGCUUGGUGCGGGGAGCAGGAACGGGCCGUACCGGAGGGGUAAGUGAAAUGUACAGGGAGUACACUGAGGAGCCCCCGUGUUUAGGGUCAGUGUGGCGGAUGUGUUGUUGCCUACCCUCACCACUUGGGGGCGGCCCGUCAGGGAGUCCAGGAUCGAGUAGCAGAAGGAGGUGUUUAGUCCCCGGGUCCUUAGCUUAGUGAUGAGCUUGGAGGGCACUCUGGUGUUUAACGCUGAGCUGUAGUCAAUGAACAGCAUUCUCACGUAGGUGUUCCUUUUGUCCAGGUGGGAAAGUGCAGUGUGGAGUGCUAUAGAGAUUACGUCAUCUAUGUAUCUGUUGGGGCGGUAUGCGAAUUGGAGUUGGUCCAGGGUUUCUGGGAUGAUGGUGUUGAUGUGAGCUAUGACCAGCCUUUCAAAGCAUUUCAUGGCUACAGAUGUAAAUGCUACAGGGCGGUAGUCAUUUAGGCUUGUUAACAUGGCGUGCUUGGGCACAGGGACUAGUGUGGUCAGCUUGAAACAUGUAGGUAUUACAAACUGGGUCAGGGAGAGGUUGAAAAUGUCAGCGGGCCAGUGCAUGCUCUGAGUUAGGGCUGGGCGAAAUGGCCUAAAUAUCAUAUCUCGAUCUUUUCAAACUUAUGGGCGAUUCACGAAAUAUACCUCCAUUUUUUUUAUGUUUUGUUUAAAUAAACGUUGUUGAACAAUUAAUUGUCAAAACACUACAUUUCAAACAGUCAACAAUAAUCGAAUGAAUUCAGGGCUGGUGAAGUUAUACCUAGGCUAAAGACACAGUGCAUUCAGAAAGUAUUCAGACCCCUUGACUUUUUCCACAUUUUGUUACUGUCACGCCCUGACUCUGGGGACUCGUAUAUGUUGAGUCAGGGUGUGCAUGUUCUAUGUUGUGUAUUUCUAUGUUGGUGUUGGCCGGUGUGGUUCCCAAUCAGAGGCAGCUGUAGCUCGUUGUCUCUGAUUGGGGACCAUACUUAGGCAGCCUAUUGGCACUAGUGGGUUGUGGGAUCUUGUUCCGUGUUAGGUAUGUUGUUUGUGUACCUUGGACUUCACAUUUCGUUUCUUGUUUUGUCGUUGUGUUUAAUAGUCAAAUAAACAUGUAUGCAUAUCACGCUGCGCCUUGGUCUGACCCGUUCAUCAACGAUCGUGACAGUUACGUUACAGCCUGUCACGCACGUUGACUGAUGACUCGUGGAACCAAGGCGCAGCGUGAUAAGCGUACAUCUUUAAUGAUACACAACACACGAACAAAACAACAAAACGAAAUGAUACGUGAAGUCCUGAGGUUACACACACCAAACCUUUACGGAUCAAGAUCCCACAAACUAACUGGUGCCAACAGGCUGCCUAAGUAUGGUCCCCAAUCAGAGACAACGAGCUACAGCUGCCUCUGAUUGGAAACCACCCUGGCCAACAUAGAUCUAAACGAUCUAGAACAAAAAACAUAGAAAACUAAACAUAGAAAAAUCCACACCCUGGCUCAACAUUUAAGAGUCCCCAGAGCCAGGGCGUGACACAGCCUGAUUUUUCUUUUAAUCCCUCAUCAAUCUACACACAAUACUCCAUUAUAACAAAGCAAAAACAGGUUUUUUGAAAUCACAUUUACAUAAGUAUUCAGACGCUUUACUUAGUACUUUGUUGAAGCACCUUUGGCAGCGAUUACAGCCUCAAGUCUUCUUGGGAAUGACGCUACAAGCUUGGCACACAUGUAUUUGGGGAGAUUCUCCUAUUAUUCUCUGCAGAUCCUGUCAAGCUCUGUCAGGAUGGAUGGGGAAAGUCGCUGCACAGCAAUUUACAGGUCUCACCAGAGAUUUUCGAUUGGGUUCAAGUCUGGGUUCUGGCUGGGUCACUCAAGGUCAGUCAGAGACUUGUCCCGAAGCCACUUGGCUGUGUGCUUAGGGUCGUUGUCCUGUUUGAAGGUGAACCUUCGCCCCAGUCUGAGGUCCUGAGCGCUCUGGAGCAGGUUUUCAUCAAGGAUCUCUCUGUACUUUGCUCUGUUCAACUUUCUCUCGAUACUGACUAGUCUCCCAGUCCCUGCCGCUGAAAAACAUCCCCACAGCAUGAUUCUGCCACCACCAUGCUCCACCGUAGGGAUGAUGCCAGGUUUCCUCCAGACAUGACGCUUGGCAUUCAGGCCAAAGAGUUCAAUCUGGGUUUCAUCAGACCAGAGAAUCUUGUUUCUCAUGGUCUGAGAGUCCUUUAGGUGCCUUUUGGCAAACUCCAAGCGGGCUGUCAUGUGUAUUUUACUGAGGAGUGGCUUCCAUCUGGCCACUCUACCAUAAAGGCCUGAUUGGUGGAGUGCUGCAGAGAAGGUUCUCCCAUCUCCACAGAGGAACUCUGGAGCUCAUUCAGAGUGACCAUCGGGUUCUUGGUCACCUCCCUGACCAAGGCCCUUCUCCCCCGAUUGCUCAGUUUGGCCGGGCGGCCAGCUCUAGGAAGAGUCUUUGUGGUUCCAAACUUGGUCCAUUUAAGAAUGAUGGAGGCCACAGUGUUCUUGGGGACCUUCAAUGCUGCAGAAAUGUAUUGGUACCCUUCCCCAGACCUGUGCCUCGACACAAUCCUGUCUCGGAGCUCUACGGACAAUUCCUUCUACCUCAUGGCUUGGUUUUUGCUCUGACAUGCACUGUCAAAUGUGGGACCUUAUAUAGACAGAUGUGUGCCUUUCCAAAUCAUGUCCAAUCAAUUGAAUUUACCACAGGUGGACUCCAAUCCAGUUGUAGAAAUAUCUUAAGGAUGAUCAAUGGAAACAGGAUGCACCUGAGCUCAAUUUCGAGUCUCAUAGCAAAGGGUCUGAAUACUUAUGUAAAUUAGGUAUCGCAUUAAAUGUUUUUGUACAUUUGCAAGAAUUUCUAAAGACCUGUUUUCGCUUUGUCAUUAUGGGGUAUUGUGUGUAGAUUGAUGAGGGGGAAAGAUAUUUAAUCAAUUUUAGAAUAAGGCUGUAACAUAACAAAAUAUGGAAAAAGUCAAGGGGUCUGAAUACUUUCCGAAUGCUCUGUAGACAGGUGUGUGCCUUUCCAAAUCAUAUCCAAUCAAUUGUAUUUACCACAGUUGGUCUCCAAUCAAGUUGUAGGAACAUCUCAAGGAUGAUCAAUGGAAACAGGAUGCACCUGAGCUCAAUUUCGAGUCUCAUAGCAAAGGGUCUGAAUACUUAUGUAAAUAAGGUAUUUCUGUUUUCACUUUGUCAUUAUGGGGUAUUGUGUGUAGAUGGAUUCAUCCAUUUUAGAAUAAGGCUGUAACGUAACAAAAUGUGGAAAUAGUGAAGGGGUCUGAAUACUUUCUAAAUGCACUGUAAGCCUUCCACAACCAUAAGACCCACUAAUUAUUUUAUUAUUUUAUCAAAAUAGUUUAACCUGCUUUUUUGGGGGCAAUAAUCACUAAUCUGUCUAUGAAAAUGCCAUUUUCUGUUACAAAUUUAACUAGAACCAUGCAUAAUGCACAUUCACUAAUAAUGACUUCUACAAUAACUUCUUGUAGCAGGAAUUAGGCUAUAGAAAAUGAACACAGGUCUCAUCAACAAUCUCUCAAGCCCACGUGCUAGUGAUUAGCCAGCUAAUCUUUAUAUUUAAAGUUUAGUCAACUUGGAUCUAUUUGCUAGCCAACAAGGUUGAACUGUUGAAUUGUUAUGAAAACACCCCUGUGUCUGUCUCCAAAUGUUUGAAAAGCAUAUUAGUCUGUCCACUUUGUUCAGAUAUUGAAAUUAAAUGGCCUACCUUUUUUCUCAGAAUGAGGAUGAGUUGCCAAUUCCUUAUAUAAUAAUUGUGUUUUAUGCUUAUUGCACAUUUAUAAAACACAGACUAGACAACUAGUAUAACAAUCUUUGGCUAAAAUGCUGCUAGCAGCACAUGGUACCCCCAUGCCUUGCACAACAAAUUAGGCAUUCAUUUUCCAGAAUCAAUGUUCAUUGAUACUCUCGUUUUAGUAGUGUCUGCUCUGCACGCAAUUUGAGUAGUUGAUACAUUAAAAGGGUAUCGUUAGAAAAGUUAACUUCUCUAUUACAGUAAAAUAAUGUCUCAAUCUGUUUUGUUGUCCAUAUGACCGAUUCUGUUGGACCAAACCUCAAAUGCAAAUAGAGAGAUGUAAUCUCUCAACUUUGUUGGCAUGAGAGGCAGGGGUAGGGGUAUGGUGUGUGUGUGUAAACCAUAGAGGAAGAGGCGAAGCGAGAGGUUUCAGUCUCGCUAAAAUCUGUCCAAAAUAAGGCCAAUGCAUCACGUCAUUAUAUACAGAUCUCUGGUGUAAAUGGGAAGGUCCACACAGCACAGAGGGGUGAAGGAGACGAAACCAAAAAUACAACAUGAGAACAAGCAGACAUAAACGCUCAUAAAAACAAAAGCCUUACUCUGAGUACGCGUCCUGGUACUCUGUCUGGCCCUGCGGCCUUGUGAAUGUUAACCUGUUUUAAGGUCUUACUCACAUCAGCUAUGGAGAGUGUGUAUCACAGUCGUCUGGAACAGCUGGUGCUCUCAUGCAUGGUUCAGUGUUGCUUGCCUCGAAGCGAGCAUAGAAGGCAUUGAGCUCGUCUGGUAGGCUUGCGUCACUGGGCAGCGCGACUGGGUUUCCCUUUAUAAUCCGUGAUAGUUUGCAAGCCCUGCCACGUCCGACGAAUGCCAGAGCCGGUGUAGUAGGAUUUGAUCUUAGUCCUGUAUUAACGCUUUGCCUGUUUGAUUGUUCGUCUGAGGGCGUAGUGGGAUUUCUUAUAAGUGUCCGGAUUAGUGUCCCGCCCCUUGAGCUCAGUGCGGAUGUUGCCUGUAAUCCAUGGCUUCUUGUUGGGAUAUGUAUGUACGGUCUCAGAAGGAUAGAGUUAUGGUCAGAUUUGCCAAAUGGAGGGCAAGGGAGAGCUUUGUACGCGUCUCUGUGUGUGGAGUAAAUGUGAUCUAGAGUUUUUUUCCUCUAGUUGCACAUGCUGGUAGAAAUUAGGUAAAACGUAUUUUGGUUUUCCUGCGUUAAAGUCUCCGGCCACUAGGAGCGCCGCCUCUGGAUUAGCAUUUUCUUGUUUGCUUAUUGCCUUAUACAGCUCGUUGAGUGCGGUCUUAGUGCCAGCAUCGGUUUGUGGUGGUAAAUAGACAGCUACGAAGAAUAUAGAUGAAAACUCUCUUGGUAAACAGUAUGGUCUACAGCUUAUCAUGAGGUACUCUAACUCAGGCGAGCAGAACCUUGAGACUUCCUUAAUAUUAGUGAUUGUGCACCAGUUGUUGUUGACAAAGAGACAAAGAUAAUUGUUCCGACUUCAAAAGCACUUAAACACAAUAAUGUUGGAUUUAUAGUUUCCCACUUACCACAAGCAUGCGAAUGCCCCAAUAAUGUAACUUUAAAGUAUAAUAAACAAUGUUAACAUUUCUAUUCGAGUGUGAUCUUUUGCAUAACAACCGUGGAACAUGUUUAGCUAUAGGAAUAUGCUUAUACACGCUAGCAACACGAGUAAACAUUAGCAAACAUUCUAAAUCAGUUUUUGGCGCCAAAUGAGGGGAUAUGAAUCACGUCCCAAUGAUAUCUCCUUUCUCCUGAAGUGUGCACUCACUUGUUCACUACUUCCCACAACCUAAAAGCAUUGGAUUGGUGGAGACAUGGGGUGGAGUUUCCACCAUAUUUCUUAUUCCAGUUAUUUCCUUUCAUAUCAGUGAAGGGAAGUGAACAGGUGCACACUUUGGGAGGAAGGAAAGAUAAUUGGGAUAUAGCAUUGUCAUAGUCCUGUUUGUAUGUUUGACAUUGUAAUAAAUGUAUGGAUCUGGGUGAGCCUGUCUCUUCUCUCCUCUCUCCUAUCUCUUCUCCCUCCCCCGGCCACAGUCCAAUAUCAGGCCCGACGUACAGUGAGAAGGAGAUGGUCCACAGUGUGCGUGUGUGUGUGUGUGUGACGUCGUGUGUGUGACGCUGUGUGCGCGUCAGUGUGUGAAGUACACUAUGUUUGUAUGUGUAUCUGUGUCUGUAAUUGUAUGGUUUCUACGUAACACUGUGUCCUCCCUUCUCUCGCUCUCUCUCCCCUCCUCCUUCUCUCUUGCUGGCCUGACCAGUAGAGUAUCAUUCCUCGGUGCCCAAUGUCCAGUGAGGAGGAGAUGGACCAGAACUUUUGUGUGUGUGCAUAUGUGUGUGUGUAUAAAGUACACUGUGUAAUAUCCCUUCUUUCCUCUCUUCGCUCCCUCCCCCGGCAACAGUGUAGUACAGUAUCAUGCCUCGAAGCCCAACGUUGAGUCCGGAGAUGGCGUGUUUGUGUGUGUUAGUAUUUUAUGUGUGAAGUACACUGUGUCUGUGUGUUUAUCUGGGGUUGGUUACUGUAUAAUGAAGUCCUCUAUCCCUGGCACGGCUACAGUAGAGUCCAGCAUGCCUCGUAGCCUGACCUUCUGAGCUUGUGUGUGCGUUAGUAGUAUAUACUGUAUAGUGUACACUGUGUAACACAGUCUCCUCUCUCCAGUAGAGUAUCAUGCCUCGGAGUCCUACGUCCAGCGAGGAGGAGAUGGCCCAGAGUUUCUCUGACGGGUCUGGAGGUUUUGAGACAGACAGCUCCAAGGAGUUGCCUGGCCAUGGAGGACCUGGAGGGGAAAGGGCCAGCAGAAGGACCGGCAGGAGGGCAGAGAAGGAUAGGGCCGCCCGCAGGGAGUCACUGGUCUUCUGUGUGGUCAUCCCUGACCUGCAGCAGUCUGUGAGUACACACUUCUGUCUCUGUAAAUUAUUUUCUUAUCAUACUGCAGUAAUAUGCAAUCUAAAUCCAGUUCAAAGCCAAAACAUAAGCACCUUUCACUUUCCAUUUGUGUUGUCAUCCCUGACCGACAGUAGUCCGUGAGUAGGGACAGGGACAUAACUUUUUUGUUUGUUGCAUAUUAGUCAUUUAGUAGACAGUCUUAUCCAGAGUGACUAACAAUCAGUGCAUUCAACUAAAGUAGGUAAAACAACGACCUCAGAUGCAGUAAUUUUAUAACUAACGUUUCGACAGACAAGCUGUCUUCAUCAGGGUAUAAUGACAAACACUGCGGGUCACUAGUUUAUAUAGUUUGGAAGGACACACACAGGUGUCUGUAAUCAUAGCCGGGUGUGGAUUAACGACCACGUCACAAUCAUUGCAAGGAAAACAGGAAAGAAAACAGCAGCUAUCUGCCAAAUCAGUGCUAGUGAGAGUAGAAAAAUAUUUGGGAUGCUGCAUGCUGGUUGGAAUUACGACAUACCGGUAGUUUGUUACUGCGUGUUGCUUAUGUGAAAGACUGAACCCUAGGCUAGUAGAAUUGUUAGUAAAGCACAAAGCUGUUAAAAAAUGAGGUCAUAGCUAUUGUGGGAUAUUUGCGCCAACCUAGCUGCAUAUAGUCAAUAUGAAAGAGCGAGCUACAAUAGCUAUGUACUGUAUAAUGUAUAAACUGAAAGUCACACUGUUCUCAGCCGAGCAGUUAGAUAGAUACAGUGUCAUCAGAAAGGAUUCACACCCCUUGGCUUUUUCCACAUUUUGUUGUGUUACAGCCUGAAUUUAUUAUGGAUGACAUUUAGAUUUCCUUCACUGGCCUACACACAAUACCCCAUAAUGUCAAAGUGGAAUUAUGAUUUUUGAAAUGUUUACAAAUUAAUAAAAACUGAAAAGCUUAAAUGUCGAGUCAAUAAGUAUUCAACCCCUUUGUUGUGGCAAACCUAAAUAGGUUCAGGAGAAAAAAAUGUGCUUAACAAGUCACCCAAUGCAUUGCAUGGACUCACUUUGUGUGCAAUAAUAGUGUUUAACAUGAUUUUUGAAUGACUACCUUAUGUCUUCACCCCACACAUACAAUUAGCUUUAAGGUCCCUCAGUCGAGCAGUGAAUUUGAAACACAGAUUCAACCACAAAGGGAUGUUUUCCAAUGCCUCUCAAAGAAGGGCACCUAUUGGUAGCAGAUAUUGAAUAUCCCUUUGAGCAUGGUGAAGUUAUUGAUUACACUUUGGAUGGUGUAUCAUGUUAUGGGUAUGCUUGUAAUUGUUAAGAACUGGGGAGCUUUUCAGGAUGUAAAAGAAACGUAAUAGAGCUAAGCACAGGCAAAAUCCUAGAGGAAAACCUGGCUCAGUCUGCUUUUCAUUAGAUACUGGGAGAUUCAUUCACCUUUCAGUAGAACAAUAAUCUAAAACACAAGGCCAAAUCUACACUGGAGUUGCUUACCAAGAAGAUUGUGUAUGUUCCUGAGUGGCCGAGUUACAGUUUUGACUUAAAUCUACUUGAAUAUCUAUGUCAAGACCUGAAAAUGGUUGUCUAGCAAAUGAUCAACAACCAACUUGACAGAGCUUGAAGAAUUCUGAAAAGGAUAAUGGGCAAAUGUUGCAUAAUCCAGGGGUGGAAAGCUCUUAGAGACUUACCCAGAAAGACACAUAGCUGUAAUCGCUGCUAAAGGUGCUUCUACAAAGUAUUGACUCAGUGAUGUGAAUACUUACAUACAUUAGAUAUUUCUGUAUUUCAUUUUCAAUACAUUACGACAUUUGUCUAAAAACAUGUUUUUACGUUGUCAUUAUGAGGUAUUGUGUGUAGAUGGGUAUAAUUAUAUAUACUUUUUCAUCCAUUUUGAAUUCAGGCUGUAACACAACAAAAUGUGGAAUAAGUCAAGGCGUAUGAAUACUUUCUGAAGGCACUGUAUGUAAGAGGGAGAAAAAAAGCAAUUGAAAAUCAAUAGCUAGGUUAUUCAGCCACAAAACAUAGAUUUUCUUGCUGAGAAGAAGUGCUGUUGUUUUUCAAAUGCCUUAUCAGAAAUGAACACACACUCUCAGAUAAACCCCCUAGGAUUUUCUGGAUAACAGGCAUAAUGCAUUGCUAUAAUCCUUACUAAUUGAUUGAGCUAAUUCCAGUUGUUUUCUUCCACCAAUACUGUGUAGUGUGCACCUCUGCCAAAUGACUUAAUGAAUAUGGAAUGAUAAUAUUUGUCCUGCUUCUGUUGGGAAGAGGCUAGCUAAUUACUGUAGCAGAAUAUAAUUAGUAGACAUUUACAUACUGUUCUAUACUGGACUUCCUAGUCUAUUCUACUGUAAAUAAAAGCCUAUAUUCACAGCCAUUGUCUCACUGGCAGGGAGACGUGUGCUAUUGUUUGUCCAGAUCCAUCUGUUAGCACCUGCUGCCAGAAUGUAAAAUCUGCAUGUGUAUGUUAGAAGCAGAAAUGUAUGCUUUUUAAACCCAACGCCAGCUGUCGUCUAAUGUUUUGGAGCAGAAAUGUAUGUUUAAACUCCAGGUUUGGUAUUUUAGUAUGAUCUUUACAUGUGUUGUCUUUGUUUUGGAGCAGACAUGUAUGAGGUUUAAGCCCGAGGCCACCGUGUGGGUUGCUAAGCAGCAGAUCCUGUGUACACUGACCCAGACGUUGAGGGACGUGCUGAACUAUGGCCUGUUUCAGCCCGCUGUGGAGGGCCGCAAGUCUGGCUUCCUGGACGAAGAGCGCCCCCUCAAAGACUACCCCACUCCCACCAGCAUCAAGGGGGUUCCAACUCUAGAGGUACAGUAACAGUACUGCUUGGAUCCAUCCCUCAGGUCCUAACCCUAACCCUAGCCCUAGUCCUAACCCUCAGACUAACUCCCCCACCAUCAGCAAAGGGAUCCCAACUCUGGUGGUACAGAAACAGUACAGCUCCAUUAGUCUGUAUUGUCAAACGCACAUCCAUCACUGAUUGCUCCACAACAUACAGUACCUUCAUCAGGCUAUUACUGUUUUGAUCUUCGUCUUGUCAAAUAGAUGCACUCAUGGCUCAAAACGUUAUACUAGCCUAUAGAGUAUGUGGUGGAGCAGUCGUGUGUGCAUUGCAGGCCCUACUUAAUUUAUCCAGUAUGGCUCCAUCCCUCAAGUCCAGUCCUCCUGUAUUGGCAAACGUACGCCACUGAUUGCUCUACAACAUACCUUUAUUAGGCAAGUACGAUGUUGUAAUGGAUUGUGUGUGUGGGCCCUACUUCCUACAUUUCUCCAGCACUGCUCCAUCCCUGCGGUCCAGUAACACAGCACUGGACACACUGCUGAACCCCACCCAGGGCUGCUGUAUAAGCACUUCUCCUGGUUGAUCAUUAUCAAAGAAUCUGGAGAAAUGCAGCCACUUAAUGAAUGAUCAAGGGACUGCAUCACUAUAAUAAGUCUUGUUUUCCAAACAGCUCGGCUGGAUUGUGAUGAGGCGGCAUAGCUGGAAACUCCAUUCUUGGCUCCCUCUCUCUGUUCUUUGUUCUAUAUAGCCUCAGUCAGCGGUCCCCUGGUAUCACUACUACUUAAUUAUUGCCUGCCUGGGUGAUCUUUUAUAUACACCUUAGUUACUUAGUAUUAGACAUAUGUAUCACCAGUUCUGGGCCAGUAUUCAUAAAGUGUCUCAGAGAAGUGCUGAUCAGUUUUGCCUUUAAGAUCAUAACUGAGGCUUUAUAGAACAAUGCUAUGGACAGGGGGGACCUGAUCCUAGAUCAGCGCUCUUAACGCUGAGAGGAUUUUGUGAAUACGGGCCCUGGGUAUGAUUGGGAAGUCAUCUUUUUUGAAUCCCCUACAGUUUCGUUAUAAGAGCAAGGUCUACCAAAAACCCAAUGUGAACGUUUCCAUAGCUGGAAACUCCCUCUUGGCUCCCUCUCUCUGUUCUUUGUUCGAUAUAGCCCCAGUCAGGGGUCCCCUGGUAACGCUAGUACUUGACUGAAGUCUUAAUUACUGCCUGCUUCUUCUACUGGUAGUUGUACUACUUACUUAGUUUUGAAUAUAUGGAUCACCAGUGUCAGUGCUGCAGGGUAUGAUUGUGGCUGUUUUGUUAGUCAGGAUCAUUACGAGAUGAUUAUAAGAGACAUUAUAGGGUGGUCAUGCUCAUGAUAAGUCUUACAAUGCAUUACAACAACAUCAUAAUGCAUUAUUACCUGUUGGCUUUAAGUGAAGCGUUUCCUUAAUACUCUUCUCCUAUUUACAGUUCCGUUACAAGAGCAGGGUCUACCAGCAGCCCAAUGUAAACGAAAAGGAGAUUGCCAAAAUCCACACGGAGGUGAGAAAAAUAAAUGAGGCUCUAUAUUCCCUUUUUCACUUCUUUCAGGUUGUACAAUAGAUUCAUUAUAUUCACUGCAAUGACUUUGAAUAUCAAUUGCUGGUGUCAUUUAUUGUAUUGGAUCAGGUGAAAGCUAUACCUUGGACAGGUAUACCCUUUUCACACUAUGUAUCCGCCAAUGAUGGAACCGUGCUGGAAAGGUCAAUGAAGAAAAGACAAUUUCAGCGGCAGUAGAGUAUGGCUCAAGACACUACAGUCGUGUGAAAAAUGAUAUUAUUAACGGAGCUUGUCUUUGAGAUUUUCAUUGUAUUAUGAGUGAAAGAACAUCUCAGGUCCUUUCUCUGUAAUACUGAUCAAAUCAAUGCACUAUUCGGCUACAAGCUGAAUAUAAAGUGUAAAUUAUUGAAGUGCAUUACUUCCAUGGGCUCAAUAUUUAGCAGGUACGUAUUUUAACACAGAACAAGAUGGAGUAUUGGAUUGAGACAGAAAACGACUGAGUCCAGGAUAAUUCCUAUCACUGUCCGGGAAUGCCAUACUAAAUAAUUCACCUAUCAAAUUCCAUCCCUGCUGUUUUCCCUGUUCUUUCAAGUCCACUCUUCCUUUGUGUGUGUUUGUUUGCGCGUGUGUGUGUGUGGUGUGUGUGUUGGAGUUGUUCAAAGUGUGUGUAGCUGCGUUAGAGUGCUCUGGUCAGCGUCAGUCCCCCUGUAGUGUCUCUGUCCUGCCUGAAGGUUGCAGGCGAGCCUCUCUCCCUUUUUGCCUGGCACUGUUCAGUUCAGCUCAGCUCUGGGACCUGCUCUCUUAGCUAUUUAUAACUGGCCUGGAAAGCAGCACAUGUGUCCCUGGUCCCUGGGGAAAGCACCAUGAGAAGAACAGCAGUGCAGAGACCUGUGUAACCAUCAUCUGACCUCCCUACUGUACCAACCUCCCUGUAUCACACAUCCGUCCUCUCUCUCUCUCUCUAUCUCUCUUUCUGCUCCCUCCUACUCCUAGGCCAACUAUAGGAAAUUCAUGGACCACAUUCAGCAUCACCAGCUGGAUAAAGUGGCAAAGAUGCUGGAGAAAGGCUUCGACCCCAACUAUCAUGACCCUGAAACUGGUGGUACGCCACACAUACACACACACACACACACACACACACACACACACACACACACACACACACACACACACACACACACACAGGCUCUGUCUCAAUAUUGUGAUGUGCACCUCAUGUUGUAUUAUACAGCAGCUGCUUCUGAGAAGUAAACAGUGUCCAAUCAAUUAUGAAUGGCUUAGUUUAUUGUAAAUGGAAAUUAGAGAUCAGCUCACCUCAAAUGUUUUUAAAGUCUCAGUCUACGGCCACAGUACAAUUGCUUGUGUUUUUGUGCACCUUCAUUCUGUGGUACUUACAGGGCUGGUUUCCAGGACAAAGCCUAGUCCUGGACUACAAAGUUAUUUCGAUGGCCAUUCUUCUUUGAACAUGCCUUCUAUUCCAGAACUAGCCUUCUAUUCCAGGAAACUUACCCAUAACAUUUUCUUUGAUGAUGUUAAUGCAAUAACAUAUAUAUAUAUAUAUAUAUAUAUAUAACACUAAACAACACCAUGUUGUGUGUUUGUUUUGUAGAAACUCCACUGACCUUUGCAGCCCACCUGGACAAUAUGGCGCAGGUCAUCGUUGUGUUGAAACAAGGUGGAGCACAUUUGGACUUCAGAUCACAAGAUGGGAUGACCGCUCUCCACCAUGCAGUCAGGGCCAAGAAUCAGGCCAUGCUGAAGGUUAUCCAGUAACUCUAUGCCUUUUACAGCUAAUAUAAAGUCGGCCACAAUUCCCUCUCUACCCCUUGGCCUUACCCUUUGAUGUGUGCGUGUAAGGUUGAAGCAAUAUAGUGGAAGAUCCACCACUACUGCUUUUCUCUAGACCCUUCAGAUCUGCAGACAUGGAAGGGUUAGGGCUAAGGAGAUGGAAGAGAGAGAUAAUUAGUGUCGACUGAUACCUUUAGAUUUUUAUAAACAAUCUUUCCCAUAACACCCCACAUAUAGGAAUCGUAGUUGAAAACGUCCUGCAUAUAACAUAUGUGACCAACCACAUCGAUUUGGUCUUAUGUAGCAAAAUUUGAAUGGUGUUUUUUACAUUGGAUAAAAGUAGAGACUCAUAGCUACAACAUGGUAUAUCAUACACUGCAGUUGAGGAACAAUGGGAAAGUAAUUCUGCUUUGAAAGUUGAUAAACUUGUAACCUCACCUUUGAGAAAAUGGCCCUUGAAUGUUUUGGUAAACCUACUGGAGAGCUUUUCUUUGUCUACACCCAUUCAGCAUCAUUCACACCCUCUUAAGCCUUAGCCCCACCCAUCUCUUUAAGGAUUCACAUGUGAGGCCAUGUGCUAAACAGAGUGAGUAAGGUAGUGUAGUAAACAACCAAAGAUUUCAAGACUGAAAAGUGGUGAAAGUAGUAGCCUACAAUAAGGAAAAACUCCAGGUAAAAAUACACUUUAUCUAGUCCUUGGCCUCUAUCCUAACCUGACUUUGAAAGUGUCCAGAUACAAAUAUUUUAUAAAUAUUUUAUGAUUAUUAGAUUAUGCUUACCCAGACACUUGUCUAAAUUGAUGGGUCAUGUGAAGGAAAUGCUAUAACCACCCCCCAGCCACAUCUAGCUAAAUUGAUGGGUCACUAUUGUCUAGACAUUUACACAUGUUCAUGUAAUACAAUAGAUGGCCGUAAUCACCCCCAGACACACCUGGCUAACUUGAUGGGUCAUGUAAUCAUUCUCUUGCGAAGUGGAGUCUUUUGUUUAGACAUGUAGCUAGCUAGCUAGCUAAACAAUUAACCGUAAUCCCAACCCAUAGGUACAGUACAAACAGAUUGUCAUAGCUAGCCACCAUGCAUUAAAUUAAAAUAACUUUCUGACAAAAUUAGAAAAGUAUAAUAUCUGAACAUUUUGCUAGACUCUUACAUGUAUACAUGGAGCGGGAAGGUUCCUGUCUUUUUCCGUGGCUAAACCAACUAGUCUCGUAAUUUAACAAUUGUAUUCAUAUUUACAGAUGGCAUACAAGUUUGUCAUUAAGGCACAUGAAAGUUGUCAUGUUCCAGAAGGCAUUUUUGCCAAAAACGCUUUUUGAUUAAAAUAAAUAUUAAAAUAUUAAAAUGCUUCUCCUGUGAAGUAGUGACAUAUACAUAGCUUCUUGAAACGGGUCACAUAUUGUGGCUUUAUCGGGUCCACUCCUUAGCUAGAUAACUAAUUAGAAGAACAAUGAGACUGUAGAACCGGCCAACCGGGUUUUAAAGGAAAGAUUCACCCACUUUGAACGUUAUAUUGUUUUUGUGCAUACAGUGGGGGAAAAAAUUAUUUAGUCAGCCACCAAUUGUGCAAGUUCUCCCACUUAAAAAGAUGAGAGAGACCUGUAAUUUUCAUCAUAGGUACACGUCAACUAUGACAGACAAAAUGAGGAAAAAAAAUCCAGAAAAUCACAUUGUAGGAUUUUUUAAUGAAUUUAUUUGCAAAUUAUGGUGGAAAAUACAGUGAGGGAAAAAAGUAUUUGAUCCCCUGCUGAUUUUGUACGUUUGCCCACUGACAAAGACAUGAUCAGUCUAUCAUUUUAAUGGUAUGUUUAUUUGAACAGUGAGAGACAGAAUAACAACAAGAAAAUCGAGAAAAACGCAUGGCAAAAAUGUUAUGAAUUGAUUUGCAUUUUAAUGAGGGAAAUAAGUAUUUGACCCCUCUGCAAAACAUGACUUAGUACUUGGUGGCAAAACCCUUGUUGGCAAUCACAGACCUCAGACAUUUCUUGUAGUUGGCCACCAGGUUUGCACACAUCUCAGGAGGGAUUUUGUUCCACUCCUCUUUGCAGAUCUUCUCCAAGUCAUUAAGAUUUUGAGGCUGACGUUUGGCAACUCGAACCUUCAGCUGCCUCCACAGAUUUUCUAUGGGAUUAAGGUCUGGAGACUGGCUAGGCCACUCCAGGACCUUAAUGUGCUUCUUCUUGAGCCACUCCUUUGUUGCCUUGGCCAUGUGUUUUGGGUCAUUGUCAUGCUGGAAUACCCAUCCACGACCCAUUUUCAAUGCCCUGGCUGAGGGAAGGAGGUUCUCACCCAAGAUUUGACGGUACAUGGCCCCGUCCAUCGUCCCUUUGAUGCGGUGAAGUUGUCCUGUCCCUUUAGCAGAAACACACCCCCAAAGCAUAAUGUUUCCACCUCCAUGUUUGACGGUGGGGAUGGUGUUCUUGGGGUCAUAGGCAGCAUUCCUCCUCCUCCAAACAAAGCGAGUUGAGUUGAUGCCAAAGAGCUCGAUUUUGGUCUCAUCUGACCACAACACUUUUACCCAGUUCUCCUCUGAAUCAUUCAGAUGUUCAUUGGCAAACUUCAGACGGCCCUGUAUAUGUGCUUUCUUGAGCAGGGGGACCUUGCGGGCGCUGCAGGAUUUCAGUCCUUCACGGCGUAGUGUGUUACCAAUUGUUUUCUUGGUGACUAUGGUCCCAGCUGCCUUGAGAUCAUUGACAAGAUCCUCCCGUGUAAUUCUGGGCUGAUUCCUCACCGUUCUCAUGAUCAUUGCAACUCCACGUGCUUUUGUGUUUCUUCCAUUUGCGAAUAAUCGCACCAACUGUUGUCACCUUCUCACCAAGCUGCUUGGCGAUGGUCUUGUAGCCCAUUCCAGCCUUGUGUAGGUCUACAAUCUUGUCCCUGACAUCCUUGGAGAGCUCUUUGGUCUUGGCCAUGGUGGAGAGUUUGGAAUCUGAUUGAUUGAUUGCUUCUGUGGACAGGUGUCUUUUAUACAGGUAACAAGCUGAGAUUAGGAGCACUCCCUUUAAGAAUGUGCUCCUAAUCUCAGCUCGUUACGUAUAUAAAAGACACCUGGGAGCCAGAAAUCUUUCUGAUUGAGAGGGGGUCAAAUACUUAUUUCCCUCAUUAAAAUGCAAAUUAAUUUAUAACAUUUUUGCCAUGCGUUUUUCUGGAUUUUUUUGUUUUUAUUCUGUCUCUCACUGUUCAAAUAAACCUACCAUUAAAAUUAUAGACUGAUCAUUUCUUUGUUAGUGGGCAAAUGUACAAAAUCAGCAGGGGAUCAAAUACUUUUUUCCCUCACUGUAAGUAUUUGGUCAAUAACAAAAGUUUCUCAAUACUUUGUUAUUUACCCUUUGUUGGCAAUGACACAGGUCAAACGUUUUCUGUAAGUCUUCACAAGGUUUUCACACACUGUUGCUGGUAUUUUGGCCCAUUCCUCCAUGCAGAUCUCCUCUAGAGCAGUGAUGUUUUGGGGCUGUCGCUGGGCAACACGGACUUUCAACUCCCUCCAAAGAUUUUCUAUGGGGUUGAGAUCUGGAGACUGGCUAGGCCACUCCAGGACCUUGAAAUGCUUCUUACGAAGCCACUCCUUCGUUGCCCGGGCGGUGUGUUUGGGAUCAUUGUCAUGCUGAAAGACCCAGCCACGUUUCAUCUUCAAUGCCCUUGCUGAUGGAAGGAGGUUUUCACUCAAAAUCUCACGAUACAUGGCCCCAUUCAUUCUUUCCUUUACACGGAUCAGUAGUCCUGGUCCCUUUGCAGAAAAACAGCCCCAAAGCAUGAUGUUUCCACCCCCAUGCUUCACAGUAGGCAUGGUGUUCUUUGGAUGCAACUCAGCAUUCUUUGUCCUCCAAACAAGACGAGUUGAGUUUUUACCAAAAAGUUCUAAUUUGGAUUCAUCUGACCAUAUGACAUUCUCCCAAUCCUCUUCUGGAUCAUCCAAAUGCACUCUAGCAAACUUCAGACGGGCCUGGACAUGUACUGGCUUAAGCAGGGGGACACGUCUGGCACUGCAGGAUUUGAGUCCCUGGCGGCAUAGUGUGUUACUAAUGGUAGGCUUUGUUACUUUGUUCCCAGCUCUCUGCAGGUCAUUCACUAGGUCCCCCCGUGUGGUUCUGGGAUUUUUGCUCACCGUUCUUGUGAUCAUUUUGACCCCACGGGGUGAGAUCUUGCGUGGAGCCCCAGAUCGAGGGAGAUUAUCAGUGGUCUUUUAUGUCUUCCAUUUCCUAAUAAUUGCUCCCACAGUUGAUUUCUUCAAUCCAAGCUGCUUACCUAUUGCAGAUUCAGUCUUCCCAGCCUGGUGCAGGUCUACAAUUUUGUUUCUGGUGUCCAUUGACAGCUCUUUGGUCUUGGCCAUAGUGGAGUUUGGAGUGUGACUGUUUGAGGUUGUGGACAGGUGUCUUUUAUACUGAUAACAAGUUCAAACAGGUGCCAUUAAUACAGGUAACGAGUGGAGGACAGAGGAGCCUCUUAAAGAAGAAGAUACAGGUCUGUGAGAGCCAGAAAUCUUGCUUGUUUGUAUGUGACCAAAUACUUAUUUUCCACCAUAAUUUGCAAAUAAAUUCAUAAAAAAUCCUACAAUGUGAUUUUCUGGAUUUUUUUUCCUCAAUUUGUCUGUCAUAGUUGACGUGUACCUAUGAUGAUAAUUACAGGCCUCUCUCAUCUUUUUAAGUGGGAGAACUUGCACAAUUGGUGGCUGACUAAAUACUUUUUUCCCCCACUGUAUCUGAGUGAUUCCUGGGGUCAAUUCAUGUUUUCAUGUGUAUCUGAGCUAUUGCCGUUCAAACAGGUAGAAAUACAGCUGGUGUGUAUUUAGCUCAGAUAUACAGAAUAGCUCAGAUACACAGUGUAGAGACCCUACAUUGCAGAGUAGGGGAGAGUGGGGUAAGUUGAGCCAAAGGGUUAGAAACCAUACACAAAAUGUAUAAUCUGGCCAUAUAUUAUGGAAGAGGCGAUAAUUUCAUGGCAUCUGUGAAGGAUGAAACCAUAUUGAAAAUGUAAGCAAGUUAGGUAAAAAAAAACGGAUUUUCACAAAGUCAAAUGAAUGUAUUAUGUUAUAGGUUUCAUGACGCUUGUAUCUGAAGUAGAUCGUUCUGAGAUUGUUUUAUACAUCAGUUGGAGUCUUUAUAAGAUACAAUAUAAGGUCCUAAACCUAGCAUGAAAGUGCAUCCUUGUAGCUGUGUGGGUAAUAAUAUUAGGCAAAAAUGUUUGCCUUGGGAUAAGUUGAGCCAAUGGCCACGGGUAAGUUGAGCCAAUGGCCACCAUACCCCAUACAAAUUAUGACUACAUUUUGUCAGUUUUAUGCAUAAUAUGCAUAGUAUUAGUGCGAUGUCAUGCAUAUGAACUCAAUAUAGUGCAUUUUUUAUGUUAAAGAGCAGACAUCAUCAUGCCCUGUUUAUACAAACGUAAAAAAAGCAGGGGUCUAGCCCCCGUUGAGGUUCUUGAGCGAGCAGCAAAUGAAGUGAGAGAAGGGAAGAAGUCCAUACGAGCAGCAGCAAGGGAUACAAAAAUUGACUGAAUUGACAAAAAAGAAAACGAACAUGUACCUAUGCGAAAAAGAGGCAAUGAUAGAGUAGCAGAGGCACACAAGGUCUUAUCUGAUGACAUGGAGUCUGAGCUUGCUAAACAUAUCAAGAAUUUCACAGACCAGUGUCAUGGCCUUAGUAGCCUCAAAUGCAGAGAGAUUACAUUUUACAUUUGAGUCAUUUAGCAGACGCUCUUAUCCAGAGCGACUUACAGUUAGUGAGUGCAUACAUUUUUCAUACUAUCUACAGUAUAUCUGAAUGUAGGCAUACAUUUAAGCUAUACAGUACCACACCCCACAUUCCAUGUAUUAAACUUGGACUUUUCCAGCACCAUCACCCACUGUCACAGGACACCAUCACCCAUUUACCCUAAGCCGGCUCAACUUACCCUGACCCUAUGCUCAACUUACCCCAUACCCGGGGUAAGUUGUGCCAAGAGAUCACUUUUUUGGAUAAGCUAUAUUUUCCAAACUGUUCAGUUUACAUGAAUUCUGAUUAUUUGCAGGGAUACACAACAUCCUGAAAUAUACACUUAUCGGCCAGUUUAUUAGGUACACCCCAUUCAUGAAAAUGGAUCACCCCUACAUACAGUGAGUCACGUGGCCGUGGCUUGUUAUAUAAAGCAGGCAGACAGGCACUGAGGCAUUCAGAUACUGUGCGAUUGAACGUUAGAAUGAACAAAACUAGUGACCUAAGCAAUUUUGAGCGUGAUAUGGCGUGCCGGAUCCAGUAUCUCAGAAAUGGCCACCCUCCUUGGCUUUUCACGCAAAGUGUCUUUACCGAGAAUGGUGCGACAAAUAAAAAACAUUCAGUCAGCGGUAGUCCUGUGGGCCGAAAACAGCUCGUUGAUGAGAGAGGUCGAAGGAGAAUGGCAAGAAUCAUACAAGCUAACAGGCGGGCCACAAACAGACAAAUAACGUUGAGGUACAACAGUGGUGUGCAGAACGGCAUCUCAGAACGCACAACUCGUUGAUCCUUGUCACGGAUGGGCUAUUGCAGAAGAUAACCACACCGGGUUCCACUCCUAUCAGCUAAAAAUAAGAAGAAGCUGCUCCUGUGGGCACGCAAUCACCAACACUGGACAAUUGAGGAGUGGAAAUAUAUUGCCUGGAACAUGACAGUGAGUUCAGUUUACUGGAGUGGCCUACGCAGUCCCCAGACCUCAACCCAAUAGAGCAUCUUUGGGAUGAGAUGAUACAGGCUGUUCGCAGCAUGAAUGUACUACCGUCCAAUCUGGAGCAACUACGUAAUGCAAUCGCUUCAGCAUGGACCAACAUCCCUGUGGAACGUAUCUGACACCUUGUAAAAUGCCCCAAAGAUUUCAGGCUGUCCGGGAGGCAAAGGGGGGGUCAGACCCGGUACUAGAUGGGUAUACCUAAUAAACUGGCCGGUGAGUGCAUGUAGAUAUCUUUGUUAGAAAGAAUACUAUAUUUCCCUUGACGUAGUGAUGCUGAAUGUAAAAACACUCAACUUACCCCACUCUCCCCUACAAUGGCUCCAUGUGGUGUCACUCCUUCUCUGUGGAAGGUGUGCUGCGGCGAUGAGGUCUCACUUCUGGGUUGAGGAGAAUGGGUUGUCCCCUGGGUUUUGGGUGUCCUCGCGAAGGCUGGUUGCUUGUCCUCUUUAUAGGGCACCAUCCUGUCCCUGUGCAGCACCACGGUCCGGCCUCUGGGGGCCAUCAUAGAAAACUUCUCCAACUCUUUUGAUCACAUAGCAUGAUCCAGUUGCUAUUCAGCUUUGUACUCCGCCCUUUUACCGUCUUCGGACCAUACACCCACACAAGAUCACCAACCUGGAAGUCUUGAACUUUGACAUGUGCAUCGUAGCUUCGCUUCUGUCGCAUGCCUGUCAGUUCCGUCGUCUGCUGAGCAAAGUGGUGGGCCACCUCCAAGCAGGCCUGCAGCUGACGGGAACACUCAGAACCUGCUGUGGCAGCUGGUGCGUCAGGCGGCCGCCCAUAUGCAAGUGGGGUCCUCAAUUCUCUCCCCAGCAUCAACUGUGCAGGAGUGCAGCCCGUUGACUCCUGCACCUCACUUCGAUAGGCCAUGAGAAUGAGGGGAAAUUGGAUGUCACAAUCACUCUGGUCCUGGGCAGUCUCGAGGGCUAGUUGGGCACCUAAAGUCCACAUGAAUCUUUCGACUAGCCUAUCGCUGUGCAGAUGCAAAGGGGUACUCCGCAUCUUCCUGAUACCCAGCCGUAGAGGUCUUCACGGGUCCAAAAAGUUGGAUCCGUUCCGAAAUGGAUCCGUGGCUUUCCCACCCGACCCGAUAUGCAUAAAUAUAUAUUUUUUAAAUGUAGACCUUUUCCGAAAUGGACCUGAGGACAAUCAGACACGUUCCGAAAAUACCUUUGUAAAAACAGACCCAAACAGACCCGUUCAGAUCUGAGAGUAGAAAGAGAGAGAGAAAGAAACCUCAGACCUGGCACUGCCAGUGUUGUGGAAAAUAACCACUAUACUUUAUUACAAAUAAGGUCUUACAGAGUUUUUGUUGCAUCAAGAUAUGAAUAUAUUAGAGUUUCAACAAAGCCGAUGCCAGUCUGCAGAAUGGCACCCCCUCUUACUCUCUCCCUCCUUCAUAUAUAGUCCCCUCUUCAGUUUCCCGCUCUUUUAUUGCUCCACCCACUUCCUUUGUCUCUGAGGGCGGCUAAACUCGACUUUUAUUAUGCACAUAGUACUCCAACCAAUUACUCACUCCCCUGUCUUGCACACACACUCAUGUUUAGUUUAACCAUGACAAGGCCCUAAAUCCUUGAAACAUACACAAACCCCACACACACAGUGACAUGACCCAAUUCAAUUCCUGGCCCAGUAACAAAGAAAUCUAACUCUAUGCCCAGUUCUACCUCAUAGUCCAUUAAACUCUACAGUUCAUUAAUAAUAAUUCACCACAUAUCCCCCCUCAUGGGAUUACUAAUCCCAUAACCUUACAAAAGUAUAUUAUGUUUAUGCUAUCAAUCACCAUCUUUGCAUUCAAAGUUAUACUCAUAAUGAACAAUAUUAAUAUUUCUACUUAAACCAAUUCCAAUAUAAGUGUUAUUGUCCUAACACAUUAAAACUAACGUAGCGCUGUUUUAGCCAUACUACCUAGGACAUGUUUAAGAAUAAUAUCAAUAUCUUUAACUCACAUAACUUCAUUCAGAUCAAUCAGUCAGCUUACAAUUCAUAAUCAUACUCAAAUUAAUUACCCAAAACAAAUUUAGAAUGACAAUUCUUAGUCAUCUUGGUUCCAUCAUUCAAAGUUAAAACUCUCACCAUGGCACAUAUUGACACUGGCAUACUGUAUAGUUAUAUUAUCAUAAUUCUAGCAUUACCUUCCUCAUAACGAGAAUUACAACAGAUCAGUAUCUUAAUGCAUUCCUAGUCUAAAUUACUAUACAUUUAGCAGUGUAUAAUACCUCCUCAAUUCAACAUACUACUACCUCAACUAACACUCCCUUCCUCUACCGGCACUCAGUCUUCUGGCGUCUUCAUUAUGUUCUUCAGAGAGCUUCAUAGUUAAUCUUGGAUUGCCCAUGGCAAUGUCCCAAUUCCAAUGUCACACCUGAGCCGCCCCACCUCCACCUUCAUUCUGUUUUGUCCAUUUUGCCAACCAGUAUACCCAAACUAUGAGAAAUGUUGUAUUUGAAUAGAUCUCUCUUCCUGCUCACUCCACAUGGACUCCUGUCACCUUCUUGAGAGAAAAGGCAUAAAAGAGAAGGCAAUUUAUUGCUUUGAUUUGAUGCUGGUUCUGAUUCAGGUCUCCUGGUAGAGGUGGUGCUGGACAGGAACGUCUUCAACGCCUUUGUUGCUCCUCUUCAGCCGGGUAGAGGGUGUUUGGUUUUUAUUGAGGAUCACACCGUUCUGGACCGAAUUAUCUCUGAUAUGCAUUAAGACACCAUCCGUAGUAACCUCAGGAAAGGACAGAUCAUAACAGUUUAGUUGAGUUCAUUUCUAAUCCAAAACAUCCCUAUAAGAAUUGACUAUAUGACAAAUUAUUAUGUUUCACCACUCAUUCUUAAUACCAAUUUCUAAUACUUGAUCCUGCUGCCUGAUAGAUUUUUCUUUGAGGGGUCCCUGCAUUCCAAAGGCUAUCUGUUUAAAUGCCACCUAGUUUCACAUUCUCCCUUGAAUUCUCCCAAAUUAUAUAACCCAAUUGUUUUAUUGUAACAUUCCUAUAUUUGCUCAUAGUCUAUUUGACAUUACUCUGGCGUUUCCCCUUUCCUUGUUCCUAUUCUAACAAUUGCUUACACUUCUCUCCCCAUCCUGGUUGAUCAUAAAAUUGUUUAUAUUUAUAAUUUCCUAAAUAUUACAAAAGUUGUGAUUGAAUCCUAGCACAGUCCUGGUAACUGUGAAGAUUUUGAACUACUGUUAAUUCUUUAAACGGAGAUGUGGUGCAUAUUAGACUAUUUUCUUUAUUUAUUUGUAAUGUAAUAUAUUGUACUCAUCUAUACCAAUCAUUGUUUAACGGCUCUUUCCAUUCCCUUCCUUCUGUAUUUGGUAUGGCUCUAACAUGUACAGGGUUUAGUGCACUUUCCCAAGGAAUAACUACUCCUACAACACUUUCCCCUGGUUAACCCAAUAAAGUCCCAUAAGAUUUAAACCCCUAGGCUUUUCCGUAGCCGCAAAUACAGUCAAUUUCUCCGUGUAAGGAUAUUUGAUCCCAAGUAUCUAUUAAAAUGUUGUUUGAGACGUGAGUCUCCUACAUCUCCCUCAUCAUUCAUUCUGUAGGGGAUUUCCAUCAAUCCCAGAAAAGACUCCCAACCAAGACACAUCAGACAUUAUCAUUUUUCAUUAAGUGGAAUAUACACCUAUAACAUAACAAACCCAUAACCACUUUCCAGUAAUCUAAUCAUUUCAACCUGUUGCAUUGAUUUUAGUACAAAUAUAAAUUGUAGUGUAAUCAAUCCAGAACCUACAAGAAGUUAGUGCUGUCCCCUGUCCCCUAGUCCAAAAUAAAUGCUUCUCUAGCUAUCCUGAUUUGGUCCUUCCCACGAGUUCUAAGACUGCUGCCAUUCAGCUAAGCUGGGCCCAUUCCCUUGCCAAUUACCCUGUUGUGGUUGCCUAGGCCACCACGGCUUGGUAGGACAAUCCCUUCUUGUAUGUCCUGAUUGACUGCACCUCCAGCAAACACCUGGUCUUCUUGGUCCACCACUCUGGUGUGUCUGAUGCUGUGGUUGGUACCAUUGAUUAUUGGGUCUCUUUUCAUUAUUCUUGUUUUGCCGCUGUCCAGGAGACUGUUGUGUGUACACAUUCACUACUGGUAAGGUAGUAGAUCUUUGGCCUUGCUGCUGAGGCGGUAUCUGUUGACCUUCUUGGAGAACAGGUGUAGUUUGUGUUUUCUUUUUGUCCUUUCCUGUCAUCUCUUCCAGCUGCAACUGUCCCAGUUUUCUCAGAAUCUCUCUCCAUUGCUCUGCCAAUUUCCGUUCAUCCCUCCUGCAUUUCUCCAUUGCGUGGAUAAUAUGGUCGCAGAAUUCCUUGCGUGAUUCUGCCGUUAGUCCCACCACAUCUUCUAGUUGGCUUCUGACAGGCGUUGGCAUUGCUUCCAUCAAUGAUAUCCUCAUCAGUGGAUCCCCCUCUGGAUCUCUUUCUGUUUCUUGUCGCCACCUCCUGAGUUGGUUGUCCAGGUAACCUGCCAGGUUUUCUUUAUCCCCCAAUGGCUCCCCUCUUAGUGCUUAAGGGUCUAUUUUGGCUGGAUACUCUAUUCUCAGAGUGUGCCAUAGUCCUGGCCUAUAAUUGUCAAAGGCCACUCCAUCCAGUACUGUCCUCCGUACCGCCGGUAUGAGGCCACCUGCCUGCAACAGGUCCUCCAUUUUGGCCACUCCCACCACCCUGGCCAGCAAUGCCUUCAAGUCUCCCACCGUCAGUAGCUUCCCCAUCGUUUGUUCUUCAAAUGUUCUAAUCCGUUUCCCUUCUCCUUCAUGCAGGUUAGGCAGUCUGGUCACCAGGCCCUCCCGGUCCUGUGAUCCCCAGGGCACAUAGUGAACCUGUGUCCCCUUUACCAAAAUGGGAUAUUGAGCUCCAUAUUUUUCUGGCUUUCUUAUUGUCCUUCUGCUUCUUAAAUCUGAUUUUUCCCGAUGGGCUUGUAGUGCCACACCUAAUUAUGUUGCUAUAGUCUCGCCUCCUGUGGCUCCUUGCUGUGAUAAUCGUCCCUCUGUCUCCCUCUGUUCUUGAUCAGAGUCAGCAUACUGUCCAAGUUCUUCACCUUCCUCAUCACUUGUAUUCCCCCCAUCUCUUUGCCCAUCAUACUCUUGUUCAUCUAUCCCAUAAUUUUCCAGCUCCGUUAACAUCCCCCUCAGUCUUUCAUAACAGUUUAUACCUAAAUGUGAUUGUUCUCCUCUUCUUGGUGUGGAAACCUGCUGCUUCCUUUUUUCUUCUUCUAUCUCUACAUUCCCUGUUAUUGAGACUAGACCUGUGACCUGAGAAUACUGCCCCCUUCUGUGUAUGGUGGUGGUGCAGUUAAACCAGCCUUUUAUGGUCCACUCUCCCUCUCCAUUAGUAUCCUUCUAGCCUUGGCUAUGCUGUCCCUCCAACUCUUUCCUUCCUCACAGAAUAUUUUCAAGAUUUCUCUCAUUCUCUCUCUUCUUCUUUCCAAAAAAUGAGAUUAUCCCUUUCUUUUAAUAUUGUUCUUAUCCUUUGUUCCCUUGUCUCAUCUCCCAUUAAAAUAAGACAGUCACUCCCCUGUGCUUUCUAACUAUACUCUUAUUUCCCUUAUCUUAUCCCAAACCUAUAAAAUAGCCCUGGAGACUUUUCCUGUCCCCAGUUUUUUUCCCAGUACCCUAUUGGUUCUAGGUCGCUAGACCACACCCUACUUUCCCCGAUCAAUAUCCUUGUUACUCUACUUUUCAAAAACCCUCCCGUUGUACUAACAUACUCUAUUUUCCCGUAUCUGAACUUUUGUAUCUGUUUUCCCGUGGUUCUCUUUCUAAUCUUCGUCUCGGCAUUUAUUCCCAAACCUUGGCUUUCAACUCUCCCUUUUCCUUGUUUAUAUCUGGACUGCUACUCCCUAUCCUAAAUUCUCCUAUCUAGAUUUCUAUUAUUAAUCUCACUUACAGCUCGAUUCGUACUCGCUAGUCUGUCUCUCUUUUACCCGCGAACUAAAACAUGGCAUUAGUAAAGUCUAUGCCCAAACCACCAAUAACUAACAGUAUAUUUGCAUUCAUAUUAUUAAAAUACAUUACUUUCCUCUGUCUACUCAAACAAUUCACUGUUGAAAUUCUAACUUCCCUAUCAAAUUGCUUUCCUUUGUUAUCAAUUCAAAUCACGGCCUCAGCUCUAUCGCAAUUGCCAGUCCGCUAUUCAAUAUCUAUAACUGUCCUUUCUGAUUACGCUCAAAUUAAUAAAACACUAAAAAACUAGAUUUUAGUGAGUAAUGCAGGACUAUGCUUUAUUGAAAUGACAAAUAAAUCCUCCUUUAUCCUAAUUAAAAUGGUCUGUAGUGGUUCUUAUUUCUUGCACAUACCAUACUUAUAAUUUAGCAGUCAACGAGUCAACUCUACAUUCGUUGAUUUGGUAACAGAUCUAACGAAUUUAAUCAAAUGGAUUAUGCUUCCCCCCCCCCCCAAUUUACUACAAUUCCUUUACUAUAUCACCUCUGCUCCUGAAAUGAUAGAUAGUUAUUAUACUGCUUAACCUUUUCUACCACACGCUCUAUGUACUGUUUCCCACCCCCCACGUACGUCUACGUGUUUGGGCGCACAAGCCAGCACUCAUAUAUUAUUUCACUUUUACCCACCCUCUAAUAAUCACUUAUCCGCACAUAACAUUCAACAUAUUUUAAUAUUAUUCAUAUCAACCACCGCAUUCAUAUUUCUAAUGAUCCUUUAUUCCCGGAAGUUAAAUUUUACCAUAUCACAUUCACACACCGCUAUUUACCAACAUACAAUCAAUAUUCUUUGACAUUCCACUAUGGUUAAUUUUACCAUAAUCCUAUAUUACUCCUAAAUAUCCCAACAUGAAUUACCCCCUAAAAGCUUGACCGAAAUUCAAUGUGUCGACGUCAUAUGAUCAUCCCCGUACACGUGACCUGUUCCUCCAACAGGAUUACUCAUACCCCUCCGGGAAAAGACACACACCUCCUUUUCUUCUUCUCCCAGUUACGUGAGAAGCAUCAAAAUGACCUAAAAUAUAGUUCCUUUUCUUUCUCCACAAAGAAAAGGCUAUUAUUUACAGGAUUUAUUUUUAUUGUCCGAUCACCCACACAGAUAAGCAGCCACUCGUGCUUAAAUGAAUCAGACAGAAUGACCAGCAGGACGAACAAAUGUGUCAGACGAUUGAACGAAGCUGACCAAAUGACAAUUUAAUCACAAUUGAAUGAACCAGAGACGCUCAAACAAACCAUUCCCCCGUACAAGAUGAGCAGACCUACUCUAUCUAAUUAUUUCUCUAUUUUUUGAAACCCUGGUGGCGUUCACAACCGUUCACCUACUUGAGAUGAAAAGCGCGACUUCCAAUUGAUGGUGUCACCUACUCAGGAUGACCUACUUUCUUACCCGAUUAGCUGUCUAAUUUGUGCAUCCCCUCCUCCAGGAUAAUGCACACCUACCCGAGCAGUCCUCUAACAAUGAACUCCACGUUAGAGCGGUACCGUAGGCCCUCUCAGUCUUAUGUACAACUCUUGGCUAGCCACCUGCCCGUCCAGUCCUCUGGAGUGCUAACUUAGCUCUCCACAGCGGUACCACAGGAUUUAACCUAUUUACACUUUUCAACAAUCACAUUGCAUGCAUGCUUAUUCUUUAUUCCAACAAAAUCUCUGUUCUUCUGCUAAAUUUUGUCCUUAAAUUCUGGAGAGAACCCUUCCGUACCCUACCCUCAGAUUCAGCUUGAUCGAAACACACAGUUUAAGUAAGAACGUCGCUUACCUUUGUUUAAACAGUGGCCACUGAUUGUGUGAUUCAUCAAAAUCUCCUCCGAUGGCAAAGCACUCAAAGAUCUCUUAUAAACCAGUCCUGCCGGGAUCGCCAAUUAUGUUGUGGAAAAUAACCACUAUACUUUAUUACAAAUAAGGUCUUACAGAGUUUUUGUUGCGUCAAGAUAUUACUUUAUUAGAGUUUCAACAAAGCCGAUGCCAGUCUGCAGAAUGGCACCCCCUCUUACUCUCUUCCUCCACUCACUCCCCUGUCUUGCACACACACUCAUGUUUAGUUUAACCAUGACAAGGCCCUAAAUCCUUGAAACAUACACAAACCCCACACACACAGUGAAAUGACCCAAUUCAAUUCCUGGCCCAGUAACAAAGAAAUCUAACUCUAUGCUCAUGAUUAACCCAGUUCUACCUCAUAGUCCAUUAAAGUCUACAGUUCAUUAAUAAUAAUUCACCAUACCAACUGCAUCAAUAAACAAGCAAUAUUGGCCAAAUGACCCACAGUUACAUGUCCUUAAGAAAUGACUAUAACAAAUGACAAAAUAACGAUUCAUUGUGUUUCGAUGUGUAGCAUAUUAAAAACUUUAUAGCCUAUUGUUUUAUUGGUUUUUACUUUCCUAAAACAAUAAUUGUCCACCUCACGGUUUAGCUGUCAGAGAUUUGAGCGCUAAAUGCAUCAGGGCAUUGCAUGCAUAUAGGCCUAUAGGCCUAGGCAUCGACUGUAUGAUAUUAAUAUUUAAAAAAUAAAUAUAAAAGGAAGAGAAGCUUAGGUGGCAUGUUCCCGACACCAACAUGCAUUCUUUAUCCUUGUCAGAUAGGCUACUACUGCUAUACAGAUACAGGCAUACAGAAGGAUGCUAAUUUGUAAAUUUUCGAUCAGAAUAUUUUUUACAAAGAAAAACAUGAUAUUGUUAAAUUAAGGCGUAAAACAUUCUUCCUCACCUCAAGUUCAACUGUCGGAGUCAGAUGGAGCUCCAGUGUGCAUUGCCUUCAUAGGCCUGCUGUAGCUAAGACUAAUAAUAGCCAUACCAUACCACACCUUCACAAAAGUUUCUUAACUGUUCAUUUCCUGGUAGCAGCUCUGGGAGUAACAAAGACCCACUUCGGAGUAACAAAGACCCACUUUGAAGUAACAAAGACCAUGAGGCAACUGCGAUAGAGGUUCUACUGGGGUCAGAGCAGACAGGAUGUUGAAGACUACUGCCGGGAGCUGCUACCAGGCAAUGAACAAGGUUGGCGAGAACUGCAGAUGGAUGAUCCUGACCUCAGGAUGGUCAUGGGUUGGCUGGAGGAAGGGUCCUGGCAACCCUGGGAAGAAGUAGUGGCACGGUCUGCUACCGUCAGAGGUAUAUGGUCUCAAUAGCCAAGCUCCAAGAGGGAGGCUUGACGAGGUAUUAGCUGGAGCCAAGUGGUGGUGCCCAAUGAUCUUUGAGAAAAGGUGUUGGAGGCACAUCAUGGAUCCCUGGGCAUUGGCCACUUUGGAGUAAUAAAGAGAGUAACAAAGACCCUGAGGCAAUUGUGAUAGAGGUUCUACUGGGGUCAGAGCAGACAGGAUGUUGAGGACUACACUUGCCGCUGUGACACCUGUACGGCCCGUAAAUGUCCCCAUAAAUCAAUCCUCUGCUCUCAUGCAAUCUUUCCAGGUAGGGACACCCAUGGACAGAGUGGCAGUUGAUGUGUUGGGGCCAUUACUAUGGACCUGCAGAGGAAACCAGUUUGUGCUAGUAGCCAUCGACUACUUCACGAAGUAUCCGGAAGUGUACCCCAUACCUGACCAAGAAGCAACAACUGUGGCUGAGGCCUUGCUUCAAGAGAUGUCCAGGUGCUUUGGGAUGCCAUCGGUACUCCAUUCCAAUCAAGGCAGGAACUUUGAGUCAAGCGUAUUUGCCGGAAUGUGUGACUGGCUAUGUAGAGGUCUUCACGGGUCCAACAGACCCAAAAUUCUGAGAUCCGACCCACUUCCUCUCUUCAACUUGCAGGUUCAUGGCCUUACGGGUUUCUGCUCGAUCACAGUCGCGGCAUUCAGGAGCACAUGGCCGCCGGGACAGGCUAUCAGCGUUAGUAUGGCUUUCCCCGGCUCUGUGUUGGAUGGUGAAUUGUAUUGCCUGGAGCUGUUCAUUGCACCAAGCUACUUGUCCUUCUGGAGCCACUUAAGGCAGCAUGAUCGGUUUGUACAUUGAAAGGAAGGCUUCAAAGGAACAUGCUUGAAUUCGAUGACUUCUAGAAGCUCCCGGCGUGUUACACAAUAGUUAUUCUCUGGCUUGUCAAAGAUGUGACUGUAAUAGGAAAUAACUCGUUCUCUUUCCUGGGUCAGCUGUGACAAAAUCGCACAGAGGCUUUCAUUACUGGCAUCCGUAUCGAGGAUGAACGGUUUCCCUGGAUCUUGGGCGAUGCACACGGUCUUCACAUAAAGCCUGCUUCAGGGUGUUAAAGGCUGUCUCUUACUCCGGCCCCCACUCGAAGGGGGUAUUCUUCCACAACAGAUGGUACAAAGGGGUGGCCACAGUGGUGAACCCAGCAAUGAAACGUCUGUAAUAGGAGGCUAGCCCUAAGAAAGACCGUAGCGUGGUGUAUGUUGUCGGGUUUAGGCCAAUCCCUGACAGCGACUACCUUAUCCGACUUCUUCAUGAUUCCUGCAUGGCUGACUCUGUGUCCGAGGAAGGUAACCUCUUUCUGCAUGAAACUGCACUUUCCUGCAUGAAGCUUCAGCCCAACUCUUUGGAUUCAGCCCAGAACUUCCUUCAAGUUUUCCAACGCAGACUUGUCCCAUGCACCAGUAGGUCAUUGAGAUACACCACACAGUGUUCUUGGGGCACAGCUUUGAGAACCUUCUCCAUUAGCCUCUUGAAGGUGGCAUGGGCAUUGCACAAGCCGAACGGCAUAGUGGUAAACUUCCAUAUGCCUCGUCCUGUUGUGAAGGCAGUUUUCGCUUUGUCUUCAGGGGCCAGCGGUACCUGCCAGUAUCCGCUCCGUAGAUCCAGGGAGGAUAACCUUUUUGAGGACCAUGACUACGGGGGAGGCCCACGGACUAUCAGCCGGUUCGAUAGUGUCGGUAGAUGCCAUCAAUUCAAUGAGGUCAUCGCUGCACCCAGUGGGUUCAACCUACAUCAUUAGGGGUGACAGCAAAGCUGUGUCGGAAUGUGUAAAGCAUUGGUGCUCUUACUUCAGUUACUGUGAUCAAGGGAAGUUCGGUGGCUUGGGGUUGGCAGAAGAUCAGAAGGUCACUGGGUGGUAGAAGGUCAGGAUGGAUAAGGGUCACUGUGGAACUUGUGUCCAGUAGUGGCCCUCAACCCAAACAUGAACUUGACAGCAGUUAAUGGGAAGGAGGGUGUGUACAGACGGGGAGGGGGUCUGGAAGAUGAAGGGUGUUUAUCAAUUAUUUGAGGAGAGAUGAAGGGUGGCCCGGGUCACUCCUCUCUACACCGGACCAGGGCCGUUUCCUGAAGUAUUGGCCAAGAGGAUGGAGUCAGGGGCUAGACAAUAACGCCAUGUGUGGCCUCUCUGGCUACGCCGGUAGCAGAUCUGUUGUCAUUCCUCUGGAGACAUCAGGUUAAAGGAAGGUGGAUGCACUGGAGCCGUGCUGAGGGAAGUUGGUGGAAGAUGUUGGAGGGCACAAUUCUGGGGGCGAGUCAUCACUUGGUUAGGGAAGCAUCCAAAACCUUUGAUGAGUAUGUCUUCCACCUCCUGCGCCCGCUUUAGAGCUGCCUACAGCGGCUGAGGGUUGUGGAGCUGAAUGCAUCUCUGCUUAACACUGAUCUGGUAGCUUCAUCAAACUCAGGGUAACAUCUUUGUGCUAGGUAGUGUAGUUUGGCUGCAAACACACCCAGCUUCUCUCCAGGGGCUCGGCAUCUUGCAUUGAACCUCUGUUGCAUCACUGCAGGGUGUGUGGUGUUCCCAAUGCACCUCUCCAAGGCCCUGGCUAUUACCUGUGGGUUAUUCAGGUUGGCCACUGUCACAUCUAGUUGCGCUUUCCUAGCCUCUCCCUCCUACGCUGAAGCUAGCUGCAUUGCUCUCUCUGCUGGUGACCACUGAUUGGCAGCAGCUAUAAGCUCAAACUGGGUCUCCCAUGCUGGAAGUCCAUCGGAACUGCCGAUUUUCAAGUGCCACUGUGGGACAGCUGGAGAAGGCAAGGGCUGGUCCAAAGUGGCUUUAAAGUUCGCCAGGGCAGUAGUGAUAGCAGCUGCUAGUGAGAUCACUACAUCCUCAGCCUGGCUGGUAGCAUUAGCAUGCCUAACUGGGGCUUGAGGCAUAGCAUAGCUAACAUCAUCUUCAUCUGUGCAUCUGGGGUAGCAAGCAUGGCUACUUUGUGCAUAACUCUCUUGGCUGGGGUAAACAUUAGCAUAGCUAACUCCAGUGACUACUGCGAUAAGCCUCUCUGUCAUCAUAAGGGAAUGUGCAUUCGGGUUUGCUAGCAUGGCUAACUCUUGUCUGCCAGCUGCGUGGGUUAGCAUAACUCUCCGGGCUGUGCUCUACAUUAGCUAACUCCAGUGGCCUGGCUACUGCAGUAACCCUCUCUGUCAUAAUAAGAGCAUCUGUUAACAUUGCUACUUCCAAGGCCUGGUCUAGAGGGCUAAAGUUAGCAUUACUCUCUUCACUGUAGCCAUAAGCAUUACCAUCAGGUAUCCGGUUAGCAGGAUUGGUGGUGGGGAUGGAGCUUGCCUUCACAGUAACAUUUCCCAUUACAUCCACAUAGUUAGCAUUAGCAUCACAAGCAUUGGCAUCAUCAUCAGUGAUUGCAUCCUGCUCUCUACCUUCCAGACAUUCUGCAAAGUGCCCAUGCCGGGGCUCUCUCUCCCCAACAUACUGUUCCAGGGGCUUCUGAAGAUCUGCCCAAAGGCCCUCUCCAUCGUCGUGCCCAUUCUCUGCAUAAAACCCUCUUCAACUCUGCUUGCAUUGUUACCCUCUAGUUCUGAGAUACAAUUAGGUUUUUGCUCACCUUUUCGUGCGUUUGUCUUUUUCUUUCAUGUUGCCACAGCCAGCAUGGGUAACAUGGGGGCUGCCAUCUUGUUUGUUUUGGUUCGUCGGCUGCUCCACGAGACUCGCGGGGUGAGCUGGAACGGUGCUUUCAUCAAUACCUGAGGUAACUCGGUUAGCAGAGUAGCUGUGUGUUUCUGUGGAAGUCUUCUGAUCUCUUUUCUUUUCACGACGAGCUUCAUCUGAUGACCACUUCUUCGGCGUCUCCGGAGGAGUAAAGAUUGUAAAGUGAUCCAAUGUUUUCUCGAUUGUAUCCGUCAUGGCGUCUUCUCUCCAGUAGCUAGCUAGCACGAGGGGAAUGGAGGCUUGGCUAAUCCCACUUCUGAGCACCAGUGUGGCAUUAGCAGGUCCACUCCUUAGCUAGCUAGCUAACUACAAGAACGAGGAGACUGUAGCUCAAGCUGAACCUGUAAACCAGGUUUUAAUGCCCUCGAAAUACAGGCUAACACAGGGUUAGAAUGAUUGUCCUAAAACAAUAAACGUGUCUGGCUCACUGUAUAACUUAGUGGAACUCUGAGGAGACGUUAUCACUCUCCACUCAGUCUCGAUCUGUCUCGCUCUCACUCAGAUCACCCUCAACCCCCCAUACCUAGUGGCUAUUUGAACUAGGGGCAACUCCUUCCCCCAUAAUUUCCCCAUGAGCCCCCCACAUAAUAGAGCUAAAGGGUCGCUACAAUAUUGUAAAGCAAUAAAGAGGAUCAUACAUGUUUAUAACAAGUUAUAAAGCAUUCUACCUGCAGGCUUUAAAGUAACUGUCCAGUGAAAAUCUCACUUUUAAAAGUUAAUGUUCUGUUAACUCAUACCCAAAUAAUGUUGUUGACUCAUCAAAUACUAAUCCUAUACUACACUGAACAAAAAUAUAAACGCAACAUGUAAAGUGUUGGUCCCGUGUUUCAUGAGCUGAAAAGAAAGAUCCCAGAAAUGUUCCAUACGCACAAAAAGUUUAUUUCUCUCAAAUUCUGUGCACUAAUUUGUUUACAUGCCUGUUAGUGAGCAUUUCUACUUUGCCAAGAUAAUCCAUCCACAGGUGUGGCUGAUUAAACAGCAUGAAGCUGAUUAAACAGCAUGAUCAUUACACAGGUGCACCUUGUGCUGGGGAAAAUAAAAGGCCACUCUAAAAUGUGAAGUUUUAUCACAUAACACAAUGCCACACAUGACUCAAGUUUUCAGGGAGCGUGCAAUUGGAAUGCUGACUGCAGGAAUGUCCACAAGAGCUGUUGCCAGAGAAUUGAAUGUUUAUUUCUCUACCAACGUCAUUUUAGAGAAUUUGGCAGUACGUCCAACUGGCCUCACAACCGCAGACCACAUGUAACCACGCCAGCCCAGGACCUCCACAUCUGGCUUUUUCACCUGCGGGAUCGUAUGAGACCAGUCACCCAGACAGCUGAUGAAACUGUGGGUUUGCACAACCGAAGAAUUUCUGCACAGAAACCGUCUCAGGGAAGCUCAUCUGUGUACUCGUCAUCCUCACGCUUCUCCACUGGCAUGCUGGAGAAGUGUGCUCUUCACUGAUUAAUCCUGGUUUCAACUGUACCGGGCAGAUGGCAGACAGCGUGAAUGGCGUCGUGUUGGGCGAGCGGUUUGCUGAUGUCAAAGUUGUGAACAGAGUGCCCCAUGGUGGCGGUGGGGUUAUGGUAUGGGCAGGCAUAAGCUACAGACCAUGAACACAAUUGCAUUUUAUCUAUGGAAAUUUGAAUGCACAGAGAUACCGUGACGAGAUCCUGAGGCCCAUUGUCAUGCCAUUCAUCCGCCGCCAUCACCUCAUGUUUCAGCAUGAUAAUGCAUGGCCCCAUGUCGCCAAAGAUCUAUACACAACUCCUGGAAGCUGAAAAUGUCCCAGUUCUUCCAUGGCCUGCAUACUCACCAGACAAGUCACCCAUUGAGCAUUUUUGGGAUGCUCUGGAUCGACGUGUACGACAGCAUAAUCCAGUUCCCGCCAAUAUCCAGAAACUUUGCACAGCCAUUGAAGAGGAGUGGGACAACAUUCCAUAGGCCACAAUCAACAGCCUGAUCAACUACAGUGGGGAAGAAAAGUAUUUAGUCAGCCACCAAUUGUCCAAGUUCUCCCACUUAAAAAGAUGAGAGAGGCCUGUAAUUUUCAUCAUAGUUACACGUCAACUAUGACAGACAAAUUGAGGAAAAAAAAAUCCAGAAAAUCACAUUGUAGAAUUUUUUAUGAAUUUAUUUGCAAAUUAUGGUGGAAAAUAAGUAUUUGGUCACCUACAAACAAGCAAGAUUUCUGGCUCUCACAGACCUGUAACUUCUUCUUUAAGAGGCUCCUCUGUCCUCCACUCGUUACCUGUAUUAAUGGCACCUGUUUGAACUUGUUAUCAGUAUAAAAGACACCUGUCCACAACCUCAAACAGUCACACUCCAAACUCCACUAUGGCCAAGACCAAAGAGCUGUCAAGGGACACCAGAAACAAAAUUGUAGACCUGCACCAGGCUGGGAAGACUGAAUCUGCAAUAGGUAAGCAGCUUGAUUUGAAAAAAUCAACUGUGGGAGCAAUUAUUAGGAAAUGGAAGACAUACAAGACCACUGAUAAUCUCCCUCGAUCUGGGGCUCCACGCAAGAUCUCACCCCGUGGGGUCAAAAUGAUCACAAGAAUGGUGAGCAAAAAUCCCAGAACCACACGGGGGGACCUAGUGAAUGACCUGCAGAGAGCUGGGACCAAAGUAACAAAGCCUACCAUCAGUAACACACUACGCCGCCAGGGACUCAAAUCCUGCAGUGCAAGAAGUGUCCCCCUGCUUAAGCCAGUACAUGUCCAGGCCCGUCUGAAGUUUGCUAGAGUGCAUUUGGAUGAUCCAGAAAAGGAUUGGGAGAAUGUCAUAUGGUCAGAUGAAACCAAAAUAUAACUUUUUGGUAAAAACUCAACUCGUUGUGUUUGGAGGACAAAGAAUGCUGAGUUGCAUCCAAAGAACACCAUACCUACUGUGAAGCAUGGGGGUGGAAACAUCAUGCUUUGGGGCUGUUUUUCUGCAAAGGGACCAGGAUGACUGAUCCGUGUAAAGGAAAGAAUGAAUGGGGCCAUGUAUCGUGAGAUUUUGAGUGAAAACCUCCUUCCAUCAGCAAGGGCAUUGAAGAUGAAACGUGGCUGGGUCUUUCAGCAUGACAAUGAUCCCAAACACACCGCCCGGGCAACGAAGGAGUGGCUUCGUAAGAAGCAUUUCAAGGUCCUGGAGUGGCCUAGCCAGUCUCCAGAUCUCAACCCCAUAGAAAAUCUUUGGAGGGAGUUGAAAGUCCGUGUUGCCCAGCGACAGCCCCAAAACAUCACUGCUCUAGAGGAGAUCUGCAUGGAGGAAUGGGCCAAAAUACCAGCAACAGUGUGUGAAAACCUUGUGAAGACUUACAGAAAACGUUUGACCUGUGUCAUUGCCAACAAAGGGUAUAUAACAAAGUAUUGAGAAACUUUUUGUUAUUGACCAAAUACUUAUUUUCCACCACAAUUUGCAAAUAAAUUCAUUAAAAAAUCAUACAAUGUGAUUUUCUCGAUUUUUUUUCUCAUUUUUUCUGUCAUAGUUGACGUGUACCUAUGAUGAAAAUGACAGGCCUCUCUCAUCUUUUUAAGUGGGAGAACUUGCACAAUUGGUGGCUGACUAAAUACUUUUUUUCCCCACUGUAUAUGCGAAGGAGAUGUGUUGCGCUGCAUGAGGCAAAUGGUGGUCACACCAGAUACUGACUGUUUUUUUUGGUCCGUGCCACUACCUUUAGUUUUUUAAAGUAUCUUAAAAACAGAUGCAUAUCUGUAUCCCCAGUCAUGUGAAAUCCAUACAUUAGGGCCUAAUGAAUUUAUUUAAAUUGACUGAUUUCCUAAUAUUAACUGUAACUCCUUGAAAUUGUUGCAUGUUGUGUUUAUAUUUUUGCUCAGUGCAUAAAUUGGAGAAAAAAACUAUUCAAAAUCCCCACCUCAAACUUGUAUCUUAAACAGACCGUUUAAAUUGUUUUUGCUAUUUCCUCAUAGAGGAUGAUGUCAUUGUCCUGAGGAGGAUGAGCUGGCCAAUCAGCGGUCUACUUGCAUGAAUGUUUUUAAUGACCAGUAUACACCCACACCAUUCUGUUGUUGGGGUAAGCCCACACCAUUCCAACACAGAAAAACUGCUAUUUAACUUGCUUAAAACUAUUUCGCUCAUAUUGUAAUUAAUUAUAGGUCAUAUUUCAUAGAAAUCUGGAAACAUUGAACAGUUACUUUAAAUAAAGUGUAGCUCAGGUCUGAAGUGUAUCCUAUGUACAGAUCUAGGAUGGAUCAGCUUCCCCUCCCUCAAACCUAACUUUAACCAUUAGUGGAAAAAAUGUGAAACUGACCUAAGAUCAGCAUCUAGCGGCAACGUCUCUUUAAACCUAAAUCGCCCCCCUCAGGCUCUACUGGACCUGGGUGCAUCUCCAGACUACAAGGACAGCCAGAGUCUGACCCCCCUCUACCACACAGUCCUGGUGGAGGGAGACCCAAGCUGCUGUGAGAUGCUACUGAGGGCCCACGCCACCAUCUCCUGCCACGACGAGAACAGCUGGCACGAGAUACACCAGGUGUAGUAAUUGAUUGGAUUUAUAUAGAGGUAGCCUAGUGCUUAAGAACUUUGGGCUAGUAACCGAAAGGUCUCUGGUUUGAAUCCCAGAGCAUACAAAUGUUCCACAUACUGGUUUAGUUGGGAGUCUCAAGUUACAGCGCCUGGGACGGUACUAAAGCAAAUUAGCCAAGCCAUUGAAAUUAUAUGGACUUUAUGAAUUGCUUUGGUUGAGAAGCAAACUUGGCUAGACCAUCAGCAGCAAAACAACAGUAAGAUAGCUCCGCUCAGAUGGUACUCUGACUGACAUCUAGUGUGCAGAACAAGACAAAACAGUUUAGAAUAUCUCUAGUCUACCGACUCCUCUAUGGUUAUUUUCUAUGAUAGUCCCGGUAUGCCUUAUGAUAGCUAGGCUACUGUGUAGACUGUUUCAUUUUCUUUUGACCUGGUAAUUGUUUAUAUUUUUGUGUUUGUGUGGCAGACCUGUAGGUGUGGACAUUAUUUGACCUGGUCUCUGUGUUUGUGUGGCAGACCUGUAGAUAUGGACAUGAUUUGACCUGGUGUCUGUGUUUGUGUGGCAGACCUGUAGAUAUGGACAUGAUUUGACCUGGUCUCUGUGUUUGUGUGGCAGACCUGUCGGUAUGGACAUUAUUUGACCUGGUCUCUGUGUUUGUGUGGCAGACCUGUAGGUAUGGACAUUAUUUGACCUGGUCUUUGUGUUAGUGUGGCAGACCUGUAGGUAUGGACAUGAUUUGACCUGGUCUCUGUGUUUGUGUGGCAGACCUGUAGGUGUGGACAUUAUUUGACCUGGUCUCUGUGUUUGUGUGGCAGACCUGUAGGUAUGGACAUUAUUUGACCUGGUCUCUGUGUUUGUGUGGCAGACCUGUAGGUAUGGACAUUAUUUGACCUGGUCUCUGUGUUUGUGUGGCAGACCUGUAGGUAUGGACAUGAUUUGACCUGGUCUCUGUGUUUGUGUGGCAGACCUGUAGAUAUGGACAUGAUUUGACCUGGUCUCUGUGUUAGUGUGGCAGACCUGUAGGUGUGGACAUGAUUUGACCUGGUCUCUGUGUUUGUGUGGCAGACCUGUAGGUAUGGACAUUAUUUGACCUGGUGUCUGUGUUUGUAUGGCAGACCUGUAGGUGUGGACAUUAUUUGACCUGGUGUCUGUGUUUGUGUGGCAGACCUGUAGAUAUGGACAUGAUUUGACCUGGUCUCUGUGUUUGUAUGGCAGACCUGUAGGUGUGGACAUUAUUUGACCUGGUCUCUGUGUUUGUGUGGCAGACCUGUAGGUGUGGACAUGAUUUGACCUGGUCUCUGUGUUUGUGUGGCAGACCUGUAGGUAUGGACAUGAUUUGACCUGGUCUCUGUGUUUGUGUGGCAGACCUGUAGAUAUGGACAUUAUUUGACCUGGUCUCUGUGUUUGUGUGGCAGACCUGUAGAUAUGGACAUGAUUUGACCUGGUCUCUGUGUUAGUGUGGCAGACCUGUAGGUGUGGACAUGAUUUGACCUGGUCUCUGUGUUUGUGUGGCAGACCUGUAGGUAUGGACAUUAUUUGACCUGGUGUCUGUGUUUGUAUGGCAGACCUGUAGGUGUGGACAUUAUUUGACCUGGUGUCUGUGUUUGUGUGGCAGACCUGUAGAUAUGGACAUGAUUUGACCUGGUCUCUGUGUUUGUAUGGCAGACCUGUAGGUGUGGACAUUAUUUGACCUGGUCUCUGUGUUUGUGUGGCAGACCUGUAGGUGUGGACAUGAUUUGACCUGGUCUCUGUGUUUGUGUGGCAGACCUGUAGGUAUGGACAUGAUUUGACCUGGUCUCUGUGUUUGUGUGGCAGACCUGUAGAUAUGGACAUUAUUUGACCUGGUCUCUGUGUUUGUGUGGCAGACCUGUAGAUAUGGACAUUAUUUGACCUGGUCUCUGUGUUUGUGUGGCAGACCUGUAGGUAUGGACAUUAUUUGACCUGGUCUCUGUGUUUGUGUGGCAGACCUGUAGAUAUGGACAUUAUUUGACCUGGUCUCUGUGUUUGUGUGGCAGACCUGUAGAUAUGGACAUGAUUUGACCUGGUCUCUGUGUUUGUGUGGCAGACCUGUAGAUAUGGACAUGAUUUGACCUAGUCUCUGUGUUUGUAUGGCAGACCUGUAGGUGUGGACAUGAUUUGACCUGGUGUCUGUGUUUGUGUGGCAGACCUGUAGAUAUGGACAUGAUUUGACCUGGUCUCUGUGUUUGUAUGGCAGACCUGUAGAUAUGGACAUGAUUUGACCUGGUCUCUGUGUUUGUGUGGCAGACCUGUAGAUAUGGACAUGAUUUGACCUGGUGUCUGUGUUUGUGUGGCAGACCUGUAGAUAUGGACAUGAUUUGACCUGGUGUCUGUGUUUGUGUGGCAGACCUGUAGGUAUGGACAUGAUUUGACCUGGUGUCUGUGUUUGUGUGGCAGACCUGUAGAUAUGGACAUGAUUUGACCUGGUGUCUGUGUUUGUGUGGCAGACCUGUAGGUAUGGACAUGAUUUGACCUGGUGUCUGUGUUUGUGUGGCAGACCUGUAGAUAUGGACAUGAUUUGACCUGGUCUCUGUGUUUGUGUGGCAGGCAUGUCGGUAUGGACAUUAUUUGACCUGGUCUCUGUGUUUGUGUGGCAGACCUGUAGAUAUGGACAUGAUUUGACCUGGUCUCUGUGUUUGUGUGGCAGGCAUGUCGGUAUGGACAUGAUUUGACCUGGUGUCUGUGUUUGUGUGGCAGACCUGUAGGUAUGGACAUGAUUUGACCUGGUCUCUGUGUUUGUGUGGCAGACCUGUAGGUAUGGACAUGAUUUGACCUGGUCUCUGUGUUUGUGUGGCAGGCAUGUAGGUAUGGACACGUCCAGCACUUGGAGCACCUGUUGUUCUACGGAGCAGAUAUGGGUGUCCAGAACGCCUCUGGAAACACGGCUCUACACAUCUGUGCUGUAUACAAACAGGUGAGAAAACACAAAUCACCAAUUAAUAUGCCAUUUAGCAGACACUUUUAUCCAAAGCGACUUACAGUCAUGCGUGCAUAAAUUUUUGUGUAUGGGUGGUCCCGGGGAUCGAACCCACUACCCUGGCGUUACAAGCGCCGUGCUCUACCAGCUGAGCUACAGAGGACCACACCAAUCAGCAGUCAAUCUACUGUACAGAAGAGGGGGUUAUAUUAUACCAGCUACAAUGUUUUUAUUAUACCACUAGUACAUUGUUUUGGUACAGGCCCAUAGUAAUCAGGGUUAGGGUCAAUUCCAUUUGAAUUCAGUCAAUUCAAGAAGUAAACUGAUUCACUGAAUUGAAAUGGAAUUCACCCCAAUCCUGAAAAUGAUGCUAUUAUUAGCAAGGGGGCAAUUAUGAUAAAAAAUAUCCUGUUGAUUCGUCACAUGGGUAAAGAUUGACUGGAUGCGCUGCUGAUGAUACAUUUCACUGCAAUGGAUGCAUCCUGGGGGAACACUAGUCAAUAUUGUCUUAACAUUUUAAAAUGUAUCCAUCUAUCAUGUUCUGCAUGGGCUUAGAGAUUGAUGGAAACGAAUUAUGACAAUUAGUAAUGUCAUUCAUUACUGUGCGUGUGCCUGAUCCUUGUGUCAAUGGCUAUGAAUUAUAGUUUAAAUGUUAAUCCCUCCACUCUGUCAUAUGAACAUUACACACACACAUGCACACGCAAACACAGAAUAUCUCCCCUGUUCUCUGUAGGGGUCACUGCUCCCAUGA